AGCAGAUUUUUGGAGGGUGUUUCAUAGGCUCCAAAUACCCAGCUGACAGGUCACAGCCUGCGAGUAUGAACAGGAGGAUAUAAAUAGGAGCAAUUCAAGGCAGCACAGAAGUUUACAGAACUUUCUCGGCUGCAAGUUCCAAUGUUUAUUAUAGGCUCUGCCCAGUAUUUGCAGCUUGCAGUCAGAGGAUCAAGACACUGUUCUUCUGCUCAGUGAUUCGGCAUAUUUCACUGAGGAUUUUAGCCAGCUUUUAAUUCAUUUUGGCCCAUCCUUUAGACUCUGGAAAUAUCUGUUCUGCACCGAAGAUCCUUCUCCUGUAAAUCUUCCUUUUUGAUCAGAUUUUUACAAUUAAUACCUUUUUUUGGUUGGCAUUUUCCAGAUUUGUUGACUCUGAAGACAUAAAAUGGCUGAUGGUCAAUUUCCCUUCACUUGUCAGUUCCCUGUCACCAGAACUAGAACCCGUGAUCCUUUCCGAGAUCCAUUCUUGGAUGAUGAUUUUGGCAUUUCUCCAUUUCCCGAUGAUUUAACCAUGGACUGGCCAGAAUGGGCAAAACGCAGGAUUCCAGAAUCUUGGCCUAGCACUAUGAGACAAGGCUCUGUGCGGACCUCUAACAUACCACCCCCUGUUUACAGUGCCAGAUACACAGGUCACCCAGAGCCUCGCAAUUCUGUGGCCCCUACCAGCCAGCCAUGGAAAGUGUGUGUUAAUGUGCAAACUUUCAAGCCGGAGGAGAUAACGGUCAAAACCAAAGAUGGAUUUGUAGAAGUUUCAGGUGAGUGGUUAAUAUAAAAAUCAAUAUAUUGAAUAUAAUGCUACGGUUUCUAUAAAUGUAUACCAGUUCUGCUGCAUCAGCCACUUGCAAGUCACUCUCUAUUGAUCAAAGCAUAGAUCCCUGCCAAUAUAUGCUGAAUAUAAAAUAUCCUUUUUUAAUAUGCAAUGUUUGUCAGUAGUGAAAGCAUAGUGCGACCACAAAUAGAAACCAAAUGGCCGACCCCUAGUGCCUCGUGUUAAACCACAGGCCCUAUUUUUGCAUGCUCGUUUAUGCGGUUAUUCCAUUAGAUCAGUUAACAAGGAGUAUAAAUGCCAUUCAUUCCCCUUAAGAUUGUAACAUUCCAGACUCAAAGACAGAGGCAGCAGGCAUGCUGACCUUAGAAUCUCCACAAUGAAUGUAAAAUAAGACUAAUAGGCAAUAAUAAAAUGGCACAUGCUUGAACAAUUUCAAGUCUGAAAAAAAAAAUUGUCACAAUAUGUUGGCUUUUUUUUUUUAGUUAAGAAAAAUACCAAGGAAAGAAACACUUAUAUAAACAAAAAAAUCAUAUUACCAUUGAAACAGAAAAUAUAUAUACACAAUUUCCCAUAUUGUAAUUGCUUACAUUCUAACACCUUGAAGGAACCCGCAGCUAUUUCACAAAUAACUCUAGAAUAGAUCAUUGGGGUCAAUUCACUAAACAAUAUGUUGAAAUGACGAAUCAACGUUAAAAAGACAAAGGAAUUAUUUUGCAGUCUUGUGCACCAAUCCAUUCAUCUGUGCUGAAUGAAUCAAAUUCCUGAUAAUCACUGGAUGAACGAAUCAAAUUAUUAUUAUUAUAUUAUUCUUUAUAUAGCGCCAGCAAAUUCUGUAGCGCUGUACAAUGGGAUCACAAACGAAUUAAUUCUUUCAUCCAGCAAAUAACAGGCAUUUGAUUCAUUCUUGACAGCUGAAUGGGAUUUGUGCACAAGUCAAUUAUCUUGUUACCAAAUUGGCUGCUCAGUAAAUAGACUUGUAUGGUUCACCUGUUGCUGCCAAAUAAGAGAAAACAGGUGCUCAUAUGUGUUUACCAGAAUUUUACAUCUAAAGUUCUCUUUAGUUCUCCUGAGCCUGUAUAUGUGUACAUUUCCUCAUACUAUAACAUGGGCUCUGUAUAAAACUACUGGAACAUCAAUUCCAAUCAUGGUUGUUUGCAUUAUCUACUAUCUGUCGAGAAUAACUUGUGUUUUAACAUACAUAAAAUAAAGAAAUACUUAUUACAUGGCAUGCAGCUAUAAAACUAGCGCAAAGGAUGACAUUAUCUGCUAGUGAGGCACAGUGUCAGGGUUAUUUACUAAACUGGGAACCCAAAUUGACCAUCACUGAGAAAUGACAAGAUAAUUUAAUAUUGUGGGCCAAAAUAUCUAAACUGUAUAAAUGUUGCUUCUGAUCUACAUUUCCAGGUAACCUAUUUUGACCAGACACUUUAAAGGGACUCUCCAGUGCCAGGAAAACAAUCUGUUUUCCUGGCACUACAGGUCCCCUCUCCCUCCCACCCAGGUUGCUGAGGGGGUUAAAGCCCUUCAGUGACUUACCUUUAUUGAGCGCCGAUGUCCCUCAGCGCUGGCUCAGGGUCCGCCCACACUCCUAUUGCAAAUGCGCAUUAGACCUCCCCAUAGGAAAACAUUGAAAGAAGUUUUCAAUGCUUUCCUAUGGGGAUUUCAGCGACGCUGGAGGUCCUUACAUAGCGUGCUGACGUCCAGCGAUGCUAUAGCACACUUUUCGUGUGCUAUAAUCACGGUAGUGCCCUCUAGUGGCUGUCUAGGAGGAGUUAACCCUGCAAGGUAAUUAUUGCAGUUUAUGAAAACUGCAAUAAUUACACUUGCAGGGUUAAGGGUAGUGGGAGUUGGCACCCAGACCACUCCAAUGGGCAGAAGUGGUCUGGGUGCCUGCAGUGUCCCUUUAAAUUCCAUUGUCAAUUCACCACACUUUCCAUUUUAUUAAACAAUCGGGAUACUAUGCCUGAUGCAACAGAUUUUAAGUAAAAAAAAUGUGUAGUCCAGAAUGACAGAUAAAUUAUUUUCCAGCAGAAAACCAUCAAAAGCUUUUCUCAAGAGUCUCAAAAUAUAAACAGUGUUAAACAGUAUAAUGUGAAUUGCCAAGACUUCAAAGUGAAUUUCAAACCUCUAAUUGAAAAGUAAUAAUAUGGUGGAAAAUAUUAAAAGAACUUUUCAUUCCCAAAAAUUAAGACUUUAAUGAGCAUCCCCGAUGAUGAUCAUAUCUGAGACUAGGGCUGGAGAAGACUCAAAUUUCUCAAAACUUUCAGAUUUUUUUAAAGGAAAUUAUAUGUUUGUAUUUAGCCUGCACCCAACUUAUUUGACAUUAAAGGACCACUACAGCUACAUAAAAAUGUAAUCAGAAUGAAUAAUUUUCCUGAAGAGGUUAAAGGAACACUCCACUGUCCAUAUAAGAAUAUAACAUAUGAGGUCACUGUUAAGUAGAUACCAUUUCCAUGCAUGUAUUUAUUGGAGACAUAUCUUAAAACACUUUGUAAAAGCUGCAGUUCUAAUGAACUGCAGCCUUUGCAAGCCUUCCCCUGUUUCUCCAGAAUAGACGUUUAGUCUGUUCAGGGGCAAAUGCCCAAUCAGAGGGUUCUCAUUGAGAAGUCUCUGAAAGGGUUCCUCCAAGCAUGCACUUUGGCUGUGUACUUGCGUGCACAAGCAAUAUACUGUACUGAUCUGAGUUUUGGACGCUGGCCUGAGGUCAAGCUGAAUUACUUUGUGGGUAUGGAGUGGUCCUUUAAACCAUUAACGGAUGGUUUAACCCCAAAGUCUGCAAGAUGGUGCCCAAUUACCAAAGGUUUUAUGUCAGGACUGGACAUUGCUUGUAGCUCACCAUUGCUUUAAAACACUGUAAAACAUACAUACUUUUUGCACUUUUUUUUCUCAGUGGGGAGCUUCUGAUAGGCUGAGGGCACCCGCUAAUGCUCUCAGUCUAUCAUUGAUACCCAGGUCUGAGGCUUCAACCAAGAAGGGAAAGUUCAGGGAUGGAGUGGUCGGGCUCCAUCUUGCAGACUUUAUAGUAAAACCAUUUGUUUGCGGUUUAACCCCUUCAGAUAAGCCAGAGUCUUUUUUUUUUUUUAAACUGGAAUGUUAUAGCUGAAGAGCUCACUUUUUUUUAAAUUAUAUUUUGCCAGGAAGGAUACAUUGAUAUGUUCUCUCAUUAUAUAUUAUAUUAUUAUUAUUAUUAAUAUUAUUACUUCUACUACUACUACUACUGGUAAUUAUAUAGCGAUAGCAUAGUCCGUAGCGCUUUACAAUAUUAUCAAAGGGGGAGAUUUAACAAUAAAUGAGAAUUACAAAAACUUACAGGAACAAUAAGUUGAAGAAGAUCCUGCUCAAACGAGCUUACAGUCUAUAGGAGGUGGGGUGUAAAACCCAACAGGACAGGAGGUAGCAAUCAAACAAGGUGUAGUGAAGCAGAGCUGGAGGAGAGAAUAGAGUGCUGCCCUUUAGGAGAGAGCAAGGGACGGGAACGUGAGGUAGAGAAUACUCUGCGAGGCCAUAAGCUUUCCUAAAAAGAUGGGUUUUAAGGCACUUUUUAAAAGAUUGAAGACUAGGGUGGUCGUAGGCAGGAUAUUCCAAAGGAAAGGAGCCACCCGUGAAAAUUCCUGCAAGUGUGAGUUGGCCAUACAGAUAAGAGCAGUGGACAGGAGGUCAUGGGCAGAGCAGAGAGACCAAAAAGAUCAGUGAAGAGAUAUAGGAGGGCUUAGAAUUGAUCAGUGCUUUACAGGUGUGGAUUAGUACCUUGAAUUGACUCCUAUAGGAUACAGGAAGCCAAUGUAAGGACUGACAGAGGGGAGAGGUAUGAAGGGAGUGACAGGAGAGGAAAAUCAGUCUAGCUGCAGCAUUCAUUACGGACUGUAGUGGUGCAAUAUGACUUGUGCGAAGACUUAUUAGGAGAGUUACAGUAAUCCAUGCAAGAGAUUACUAGAGCAUGGACAAGAUGCAUAGUAACAUCUUGCGUAAGAAAGGGGCAGAUGCGGGCUAUGUUUUUAAGGUGGAAUCUACAGGAUUUGGUAACAGACUGGAUGUGAGGCCAGAAUUAAGUAUAAUGCCAAGAGAGCGUGCUUGCAUGGAUGGACUCAUGUGGGUACAACUAACGUGAAAGGAGAGCGAAAGAGGAGGAUCAGCAUUAGGAGAAGGAAAGACAAGAAGUUCAGUUUUAGAGUGAUUGCACCACUACAGUCCGUAAUGAAUGCUGCAGCUAGACUUCAAAUAUUGGGAGGACAUCCAGUCAGAGAUGGAAGAAAGGCAAGCAGUGACACGUUGCAGGACGGCAGGGGAGAGGUAUAUCUAAGUGUCAUCAGCGUACAGGUGGUAUUGGAAUCCAAAUGAGGUAAUAAGUUUACCAAGAGAGGCAGUAUAAAGAGAAAAUAGAAGGGGACCAAGCACAGAGCCUGGGGGGACUCCAACUGAGACAGGAUGGAGGAAGGAGGUAUCAUUAGAAAAGUAGGCACUGAGUGAGCGUUGAGAGAGAGAGGAGGAAAACCAAGAGAGAACAGUGUCACAGAGACAGAGUGAUUGAAGAGUUUGGAGAAGGAAAACAUGGUCAACAGUAUCAAAGGCAGCAGAAGAAUUAGUAUGGAGUAGUGCCCUUCGGAUUUAGCUGUGAUUAGGUCAUUAGCGGCUUUAAUAAGAGCAGUCUCAGCAGACUGGAGGGGUGGAAGCAAGACUGAAGAGUGUCAAGCAGAGCAGUUGAAGAUGUGUGUUAAGAAAGGCACAAGACAAGAGGAGAGAGUUCUGAUAAGGUGAGACGGAACAGGAUCAAGCGGGCAAGUGGUGGGGCGAGAGGAAAGGAGAAGCGCAGCCACCUCUUGUUCAGUAGCCUGGGAGAAAGUCUGAAGGGUAGGAAAGGCAUGAUUCAGGUGUGGUUGAGAAAGAGAGGAGGAAGGCGGUGAGAAUCCUUUCCUUAGCUGUUCAAUCUUGUCGGUAAAGUAGCAUGCAAAGCUAUCGACUGUAAGGUUAGUUGGGGGUGGCCACAGCAGGGCAAAGAAUGGAGUUAAAGGUAUUAAAAAGACCCUGGGAUUGUGGAGCUAAUGAGAGAGACAAAGUAUGACUGUUUGGCAAGGGCAAGGGCUGUGCUGUAUGAACACAACAUGAAUUUGUAGUGGAGAAAGUCUGACUGGGUGCGUGACUUCCUCCAGUGGCUUUCAGCAAAACAGGAGCAUCUGUGCAGCUAGUGUGUUAAUUUAGUGUGCCACAGUUGGGGGCGUGUUCGCCUCAAGGUGCAUGUUUGGAGCGGGGCUGCAGCGUCCAGGGCAGAGGUGAGGGUAGUGUUAUAUGAGGAGAUAGCCAGUGAGGGACAGGAGAUAGUAGGGAUGGAUAGAAGUUGGGAAUCAAUAUUAAUAGCUGCUAGACGUCAAUAUAAUUCAGAUUUAUUAGUUGAAAGCAGUUUUGAGGCUACUGAGGACAAGGGUAGGUUAAUGGGAAUGGUGAAGUCCCCAAGAAUUAGGGAUGGAAUAUUAGAGGAGAGGAAGUAGGGAAGCCAAGCAGCAAAGUGGUCAAGGAAGAGGAGAGGGGAACAAGGGGGAUGACACAUAACGACAAUGUUAGCAAAGAUGGGUUUGAAAAGGCGAAUUGAAUGAAAUUCAAUUAAGGAGAAAGAGAGGGAAUGGGGGAUGGGUAGAGUUCUGAAGGAGCAGUAAGGUGAGAGCAGAAACCCUACACCACCACCUUCACUUUCAGAGUGCCUUGGGUUGUGGGAAAAUUGAAGACCACCAAAGAAUAGAGAGGCAGGGCUAGCGGUGUCAGAGCCAUGUUUUAGUUAAGGCUAGUGGAAUAAGAGAUUAAAAGGUUGUGCACAGCAGUGGAUUUAGUAACACUGCAGUUAAACUGUAUUUGUGUGUAGCUAUUUUUAUUGCCAAAGUUGUUGAUUUCUAGAGCAUUAAACUCUCAGUGUAUGUAGACUGACUGCUGAACAUGCACGCUCUCUGACUCAGUAGAAUCUUUGUAAUUGGCUCUUAAAGAAAUGUUUCGUAGGGUCGUUGCAUCAAGUAAAUCCCGCAAUAUAAAUAUGUAAGACUCAAAUUAUGUAUGAGUUGCCUUGUUGCUCUCUUGUGUUUUUGUUUUUUUGUUUUUUUACACUGCUGAUAUACAAAGGCAAGCUGCCAUUUUACAUGAAUGCAGCCAUCACACAUUCAGCUGAAAAUGAUUAAUGUGGCUGCAGCCUGUUACUGGGGAAUAGACUUGGACUCUAUCUAGCACAACAGGACCAGCCCAUUACUGGCACUUUACUGUAUUCUUAAACUGCUUUGUCAUCUCAUGAGAAGGUUAUGUCCUUGUAUGCUUUAUUUCUUACCAGCAACUUUAGCAGGCUUAUAAAAUAACAAUGAAUAAUAAUCAUCAGCAACUAAUAAUUGUAUUAAACAGGCAGGUAUCUUCCCCUCUGCCUUUUCCUCUCCCAGGUGGAUAUUGACCCCUUUGCCUACAUGGUCUUCAUCUGUCUUUGCAGAGGCACAUGUGGCUCUCAGACCUUUCUUAGCUUGUCCUGGAAAUCAGAGACCAGUGCAGCCAGUCAGUGGGUCUGGGGUUUAGUUGCUGGGUUCCCUGAACAAACCAAAGGAGGCACACAGAUUCCAUUGGAACUAACACGCAAUACUUUAUUUAUACUCAGACGAUACACAUUACAUUACACUUAAGGCAACACACUCAAUUACAUAUGCAAAACAUUAUCCUAUGGGGAAUCAUACAGGCACUCAUAUAACACAAUACAAUAUUUAUAAAGUGGAAGACAAAUACUGGCAAGAAAUGCAUCCCCUGCCUGCUUAAACCAUAAUAUGCGAAUCUACCUGAAUAUCCAAAUUAACGACACCAGAGGUGUCAGACAUACACGAACAAACAGUUCCAUAACUCCCAACAGCAAACCCAGUCACAAAUAAUCCCAGCCCACGGUGGAGAUCAACAACUAUACUAAAUUAGGGGAAGGGCAGAGUUUAUAUGGUCCCAGCAAUGUCGACUACCGUCUCAAUUGCUAUACACAACACAUAGACAUACAUUUAUACAGUAUAUACUUGUAUACAUACUAGGAUGUCCCCACCUAGGACAUCUGAUUACGUUAAGGUCUUUAUAAAUGGAAAUGCUGGCUUUUUACUGUCACUUCAUGGUAAAGCUAUCCAAAAGGUAGUUUUAAAACAUUUGGGGAUCUACCUUUUGAGCACCCCUGAUUCAUACUAAAGAAAAAUUUCAAUAAACAUUUACCAUUAUUAUUAUUAAAUAUUUAUUACAAAUAGCCUCAGCAAAAGCAAACGACUUGGUUAUCUUUGGUUACAUUGUUGUUGGCAAUAAAACAUUAUCCACACAGGUACAUAAAACACAGGGAUCUAGCUGCCCACCUGCUUCUGUUGAUUCGUUACAAUCUCCAUAAGUCAUCAACCCCCAUGUUGCUAGCUGCCAGAGUGCUAUGGGUGUUGUUACAUAGUCAGUCUUUAGCUAAAGGUAGUGUUUCUCAAAACCUCCUCAAAUACAGGCAACUCAGAACUUCUCUAAUUAUAUUAUGGAUAGGUUUUGAUAGCACAGUUAAAAACUACAUGCAGUUAGUACAUUAAAGGACGGGGCCAAGGGUAUUUUUAAGAAACUGAGGGAUUAUAAGUAAGGAAUAAGCAGUAGCAGUAGUUUGGGAGUAAAGUUCAUAGAGUGAAGCAAUAAACAGGUGCAUUCCAUUGGUGUUCAUAGUGAUUGUUUCACAUUUACAACUUAGCCUCUAGUACAGCUUUUCAACCCCCACUAUGUCUUAAAAUAGAAUCAUUUUAGAUGGCCUCAAUGACAGCUGAAAAGAGUGGCAGCUGUAUCAGUGGGAUAAAUAUAUGAGAAUGUUUCAAGGGUCAAAAUAGGACAGGGAGCAUCCAUAUAAUUAAUAAGAUAAUAUUACUAGUAAAUUGGUAAUGACUCAUAAAGUAAAAAUUUCUUUGUAUGAACCCAAAAAAGAAAGAUAAUGUCAUGAAAUCAUUUACAGAUGUAUGUUGUCAAAGGUGAUUGAACAUAUACUGAAACCUAUUUAAAUGAAAAAAUAAAAAAAUAUGUCAAAAAAUGUGUUAUGUUUAAGAAAGUUUGCAUGAAAUAUUUAUCUUCACAUAUAUAAAAUAUAUUAAAUAUAUUUAAUAUAACAAUUAGCAACAGUUUGUUAACUAAAUAGUAAGUAGACCUGGAGUCCGAUUUUGUACGAAAUAGGGUCGAGUUCAAUUUCGCGAACUCUGAGCAAAAAUAUACCCGAAUCAUGAACCAACCAAAUUACACAAUGACUAGGCAUUUCCUUUUGAGUCAAGAUUGUGAUUUCUGACCUUGGCGCUACAAUGAUUGAUGGAUAGGGUACGGCCACUAAAUGCUGAUGUUAUCUACAGAUCAAGCAAGAAGUUAGCAAGGUAAAAAAAAUAAAAAAAAAUAAAAGAUUUUACUAAAUAUACAUAGAUUUUAUUUUAUUUUUUUACUACACCAGUUUUUUUCUAUAUUGGUUACUUUUUCUCAUCUGAUCUGUGAACCAAAUAGUGUGAAAAUGUUCAUAUCAGUGUACUGCAAAAUAUAUACAUAAUAUUAUAUUAUGGAUCGACCAAUUAUCGGUCUGGCCGAUAUUAUCGCCCGAUAUUCUGUAUUUUCAACAAUAUUGGUAUCGGACAAUAUAUAUACCGAUAUUGCCAAUAAUGCAGACAGGGCCGCCAUCAGGGUCCUGUGGGGCCCAGGACACGCUUACUCGCCUUCCCAGCAGCACACGGCCCGUGAGUUAGACAGGGAAGCUGAAGGGAGCUGCUGGGAAGGUAAGUAAGAGUGUACUGGGCCCCCAGGGAAUGCCAUAUCCCCCCUCCCUGGCCAGGUAAAAAGCAAGGAGGGACUAAAGCAAAAUGUUAAAAAAUUAAAUAUUUAAAAAUAAAAAAAAAGUUUAAAAAAUAAAAAUGCCCCCCCUUCAUUUUACAUACCUACACAAACACUCACUGCACAAACACACACUCUGCAUUCAUUAUAUACACAGACUACACAAACACACUACAUUCACUAUACACAGACUAUACACUGCAUUUACUAUACACACACUACACAAACACACUCUGCAUUCAUUAUAGACACACACCACAAACACACACUGUAUUCACUAUACACACACUACACAAACACACACACUGCAUUCAUUAAUCAAAUACUCUCACUGCAUCCACUACACACACAUAUACUUGAAAACAAAAAAUUCUGACUGGCAUGUAUAUUUUGUGCAUUUACCUUAAUAAAAGAAAGAUUUAAAAAAAAAAAUAGAAAUAGUUUAUUUUUAUUAAAUGGUAAAUGUACAGAAUAUCGGUAUCGGUAAGUUUUUGGCUAUCAGCCUGAAAGUUCACAGAUUAACGGCAUCGGCUCUAAAAAAUCAAUAUCUGUCGAUCCCUAAUGUACAUUUUGCAGAACACUGAUUGGUCCAUUUCCAAACCCUUUCGGUCCAUCCGAUUUGGUUACCAUAUCAGUUUUUUCAGAACAGAAAUUUUGCUAAGCCGCAUUGAUAUUUGGCUGAAAAUUAAGGCAUCCUAAAAAAAUUCAGUUUUUUGGAAAAAUGGGACAGAUUUUCUCACUGUGAACCUGGGUAAUAGUAAGCAUACCUACCAAAAUGUCCCACCGUCCUGGGUUAGUUCCCUAGUUUUUUUUGGCAUCUCUGGAUGCCAGGGAAAUGUCUCCAAGCUAGUGUAUUUUUAGAUGAUAGACAUUACUAGAUGUCGUCAUGCUCUGUGCACAGCUAUUAUUUUAUUAUUUAAAUAGCGCCAACAAAUUCCGCAGCGUUUUUCAGUGGGUGGAUGAAGUAACAUGUAGUUGUAAUAAGACAAGUUGGACAAACAGGAACAAAGGGGUUGAGGGCCCUGCUCAAUGAGCUUACAUGCUAGAGGAAGUGGGGUAAAGUGACACAAAAGGUAAGGAUAGUAUUAGACUAAUGACAGUUGCAAGAGAGGAAUCAGUUGUAAGCUAUUAAGCUAUUAAGCUAUUAACAGUUUAAUUGAUACGCUUUUAUGAAGAAGUGGGUUUUGAAUGAUUUUUUUGAAGGAGUGGAGACUGGGUGAGCAUCUGACGGAGGAGGGAAGUGAGUUCCACAGGAACUGUGCAGCCCUUGAGAAGUCUUGAAGGCAAGCAUCAGAGGUGGGAGUACAGACAGAAGAUAGACGUAAGUCUUCAGCAGAGCAUAAGGGCCUAGACAGGACAUACUUGUAUAUUAGAGAGGAUAGAUAGGUGGGAGCAGCAUUAUGUAGUGUCUGCACUGUGUGGGACCAAACAGACACGGUGCCAGUCUGGUGGGCAGGCAUGGCAGAAUUACCUCUUUGCAGAGUAGGCCCACACCCAUUACUUGUGGGCCCUUUUGGGCCCUCCCACUUACUCUACCAGCAAUCCAAUUCUACUGGGUUGAGCAAAGAACCAGAAAGUGACAUUGGGCGUUUCAUGAAAACGAACAACAUCUGGUCAAACUUUGUAUAACAUAGUGAGAGACAUUCUAUUGGUUAUGUUGUAUGGUGAGAUACCCUGUAUUUGUUGGGCUAUAUGAAGCAUAUGAUAAGAGGACUUUUCUAGUGUUAACAAAUGAAAUAAGCAAGUACUGAAAAAUAUAUUACUUUCACCGACUUUCUUAGUGAUUGUGUGAGUUGGCAAAAGGUGCAGAUGUUAGCCAACAAGCCAAGAAAGAAACACAUAGUGAGAAUGGAGAAAAAGCUUAAUAGCCUACCCUAUGUUUAGUUCUGGGUUAUAAUUUUAUAUGUAUCAGCUAGCACGUGUCAUUACAGAAGGAACCUAUGCUAUUCAAAUUACCCAGAGUGGCAUUCCAGAGCCAAUAUGUCAAGCAGGCCCUUCUACUCUGGAGACAUAGCAAACCCACACAAUCAUUUCAUCCUCUUACAAAGCUUGUCAGUGAGAAACAGCUGAUAUAACUAAAGGCACAGUGAGCAAGGGUGUUCAUUUUGGGAUACACCUUGAACACAGAAGAUGACAUUAUCUCUAUAAUGGCAAAUGUAAGCUAAAACCUGUUUGAAACUAAAGGAGCUUAGGAAACCAUAAUUUUCAUUUAAAGUGACACUCCAGACUCCUAAAGCACUUUAGCUUGCUGACGUUCUCUAUGUGUAGCAUGUCCUCUCUUCAUUUUACAAAAAAAUAAAUUAUGCAGAUUUCUAUAAAAAUUGGCACUAUAAUAAAUAAUGUUUUAUAAAGUGAUUUUUUUUUUGUAUUUGGGCAGUGGAGUAGCUUCUUGUACAUUUGAAGUUCAAAUAGUGGUGACUCCCUGCCUAUUUGCAUACUAAGGUGUUAAAUAGAACAUUAUUAUAUCACCUUUUCUCACACCUGGAGAAGGUUUUAGUCACAGUCCGUACAAGGUUUUAGGUGCAGUCAGUACUUUUUGUGCAAAGUAGGCAUUGACCCAACUGUGAGUGCCAUGAUUGGGUGGGUAGGAUUAGCUAUGCUUUGAUCAGCUAAUCACGUAACAAAACCUGUAAUUUGUAUUUUGUUUAUACUCUUAGUCCUAACCUGAAUUGGCUAUGCAAUUGUUAUUUUUUUAUUUUUUUUUAUUUACACUGUGCGUAAUAUGGUAAUAAAACAAUACUUUGUAUGUAUAACUUGUUCAACCUGUUUUAAGCAAUUUUUUAUGUCUCUGCAUGUCUGUUUAAAAAGCACAAGAUCAUCCAUUAAAUCACUGAGCCAAAAAUGAAGUCAUGGUUGGUUUUGUCCAUGGUAAAGAGGGCGGAAAGCUCACCACCAUGUUGAGACACUGGGCCAUGCGUUGUGUGUGUGAAGACAGACCUUACACACUUCAUCAGGAACAUGGCAGAGUCUUGCUAUGGCCAUCUUACAGGCAGAUAGGGCAAUUUGCCUGUUUUGGAAACUUAUGAAAGAGUCUGAAAUAAAAUGUCUAUAAAAAAAAUAUAUGACUGCAAAGAAACUGACGAAGCUGUAAAAUCCAGAGUAGAGGAGGGAAAUAAUAUUGGAGGAAUGGCUGGAAUCCUGGGGUAGAUUGACAUCGGAGCUGUGGUGGACAAAGAUUUGCAGUGGGACAGUAAGAGCUUGUGUAAAAAAAAAGAAAAAAAAAGUGUUGAAUUGAAGGGGGCAUUGAGACUAAAGUGGAUAUCUAGGCUGAUGGGUUGGAGAUGCACAGAAUGCAAAUAAAAAUGAGGAAAUCAUUCAUUAAAAAUGUAAAAAAAAAUUAUGGUUUAGGAUUGUCAGUCAUUCGAUGAAAGGUGUGCAUUUCAGUUGCAUUUCAGACUUUGAAACGCAAUCAAAUCUGCUUGAAAUUUUGAGGUGAGACCUCAUAGGCUGAAUAAUAGGUAUAGUACAGGAGUGGGGAAAUUGUUGUUCCCCAGAUGUUGUAGAACUGCAACUUCCAUGAUGCUCUGCCAUUGUAAAGGCAGAAAAAGCAUUAUGGUAGUUGAAGUUCUGCGACAUCUGUGGCUCUACCUUUUGCCCAGCCCAAGUCUACAACCAUCAAAACUGGGAAUAGAAAAGAAUUGAGAAGGGAAUUUCAAAAUGUAAAUUAAAAUAGCUAAGAUGGAAAAUUAGCUGAGUUGUGUAACUUUCCAAUGUUACCAUUUUGGUCUACAAUUGUAAUUAUCCUGUCAGUUCUCCACAAUUCCAUCUUUAGUUAGUAAAUCAUAGCCUUUAUCUGCUGAGUACGUUUUAUCUUUUAUCUCUAGAGCCCAGGAAAAAAAUAAUCAAAUAAAGGGUUUGUGAUGGGAACCUGCAAGGGGGUAACCCUAAAAGGUUAAAUACAAACAAACACAUAAAUGUCCAAUGGACACAAAAGGUUCCUUUAAAAAAUAAAAUAAGUAUAAUAAGUACACAAUUUUAGUUUAAGUUAUUAUCAUAAGCAAAGAGACAUUAGAAAAACAAGAAGAUAACAUUAACAAUAGAACCAUUAAAAAGAGCCUAAAAGGCUCUACAGAUAAUGGGGGUGAGAGGUUGGAGUGGGCUUAUAGAGGCUGGCUAGAAGGGAUAAGUGUAGAAGCAGAACAGACUACAAUAAUCAAAGUCAGAUAGCAAGCCCAGUGUUCCCUAUAUUCAUAUGCACACACACACACACACACACACUCACACACACACACACACACACACACAUAAGGAGACUAUUGCAGAUAAGCAGGCACAUCCUCAUAGAGAGGAAACUAGGUAACAAUGUAUCAAAAUAAAGGACUACACCAGGUAUAGGCAACCUUCGGCACUCCAGAUGUUUUGUACUACACCUCCCAUGAUGCUUUGCCAGCAUUAUGGGUGUAAAAACAUUAUGGAAGAUGUAGUCCAAUACAUCUGAAGUGCCGAAGGUUGCCUAUCCCUGGACUACACUAUCUAAAUGUUCAAGGUAUAAUGUCUAGCAGUCCAUGUGAAAAAAGGACAUAAGAAAAAGGCGUCAAACCAACUGCAACACCCAUAUUCAGUUUCUGCAGUCCCAAGGUAUAUUUCUAUUAUGCAGUCAAUUAGAAUAGAGGGGAGAUCACGGGAGGGCUUGCAACAGUUAUUGAUAAUAACAAUGUAACCGCCUAAUAGGUUAGACAUAUAGUAGUCAUAAAGAAAAAACACCCGUGCAUAACGAGUGAUAAGUUAAUUAAAAAAGAGGAGCAAAGAAUCUGCCCGAGGCGCAUUUCGGCACAGCUAAUGUGACUUCGUCGGGGGUAUUCACUCAUCACUCGUUAUGCACUAGUGUUUCUUUGUAGGUUAUUACAGAUAUCUUUAAACUAGAGGGAGGAGGGGUAAUGAGCAAUGGCAACAGAACUCCAGUCCAUUUGUCCCCUGUUCCCACCACCCAUUCUCAGGGUUAUCCACCUCGAGUGACCAGGGGUUCUUCAUCCGAUGAGCCUCUAUACCUGGGAGCCCCAGCGCAGACAAAGAAAGCCAACCAAACCACCAUUGUCCCCAAAGAGUGUCCCCACCAUUCUCAGGGACCCCCAGAACGGUAACUGCCAUGGGUGAAACCAAGCAAGGGAAGCAUCUUCUUUUGGGACAUGAAUGUUCGUCCAUACGAACAGCGGCCACCCAGGGAAGCACUCAUUAAUUACUUCCCUUGCGGUUUCACACUUAUGUUGCAAGUUGUCCAAAUUCUAGUUGAUUGGAGCGAACAUUCCAAGGUGCACUUGGGAGGUCCUCAUUCGGAAACCGAAUGAGGUGGGAAGCAAUUCAUGAAUGCUCCCCCUGGAUGGCGUUCGUCUAACGAACGGUCCGCCACCCAGGGUAGACGUGUGCCGAGGCUUCCCUUGCAGUUUGUGUUUUUUUUUUAUAUAAUUCUUUAUUUUUGCAGGUGAUGCGUUAUAAAACUGUACAGAAUGCAAAAUACGUAUGGCAUGUUUGGUACACGUUAAUAUCCAGUAUUGUACAUUAACUAUACAAGUAUCUAACACCUGAUUUUUAUUUUUGUCACUAACAAUUAAACUGGUAGUCACGUCUCUGGUACCGGGCUCUCCUAUUGUUCUAUCGUUUCGGCCUUAGUAGGGUUUUAUAGUCGAGUGUUAGGAGCCCGUCCGUUUGCACCAGGGCCUAAUUGGCCCUCAUGGUUGUCUAGUCCUGUAGUUGGUUGUUUAUAUGUGAGUGAGAUAUGUGGUAGACUCAGAAACAAGGAACUUAUUCCUCCAGUGUCUCUAUAGGGGGUUAUGAUAAAGUGUCGGUUAUUGACACUUGCAUAUAGUCUGCAUGUGUAGGUUGAGGCUUGGUCCCUAACCUAAGGGUAUGUCGGGGGGGGGAGGUGUGUAUGAUAUAGUCGGUAUUGAAUGGGUGCUAUUAUGGACGUCUCUAGGAUUACGACUGUCUAGGUGCACAGACUUUUCUAGAGCUUCCGUCAGGUUAACAUGUAUAAUUCCAAUUACGAGGUAAUAGCAACUUAAAAAAAGUGUAAUACAAUGCUAAGAAUAAAAAAGGUAGAAAUAAUACAAAAAAAAAAACUUAUGUUGCAGCAUGAGUAAGGGUGACACUAUGUAACAGCAUCCUGUCCAUUCCGUGGGGUGAAGGGUGUUAUAUUGUCCACAUCCCAUAUCCCGUUAGCAUCUUUGGCCCUUGGUUUCUGUGGGGCAUUACUGAUGCCUAUUGCCGGAUGUAGCUGUGGGGAUCGUGGAGCUCGAGAGAUGGCGUCUGUGCUGGUCGCCUGUCAGGCCCAGCCCCCCUGCAGUUUGUUGUUUUGAUACCUCAUUACGAGAUGCGAACGUUCUAAGACAACAUUCUAAUUGGGGUUUCAUGGUGGUCACCGUUCGAGAGGUGAAUGGAUUCCCUUUGUGACCGCACCUCCUGAAUGGGUAGCAGGCAGUUUUAGGCAAGCACUCAUAGCAAACUAAAGGGGCAAGAUAAGGAAAAUACUGAAAGGGGAGGGAGAACAUAUGCCCAAAACAGUACACACACACACACACACAACCGGGAAAUCAGGGCAAUGCAGUUUAGCAGCAGUCCCGCUACAGUUACUUCUCGACAUAUCAUAUCAUGAUGGUACACUUAUAGUUGAGCUAUAGCUUAGAAAUAGUUAGCGACCUUGAAGUGGCAUUAUAUCUAAAUAGCUUUAUGAAUGCUUAUCUAUUUGGGUGUUCUUUUAUAGCAGACUUUUGACUAUUUUGUGUCUAAUCAAUUAGGUUACCCUACAUUGUUAUUAUCAAUAACUGUUGCAAGCCCUGCUGUGAUUUCCCCUCUAUUCUAAUUGACUGCAUAAUAGAAAUAUACCUGGGGACUGCAGAAACGGAGUGUGGGUGUUGCAGUUGGUUUGACGCCUUUUUCUUAUGUCCUUUUUAUGCAUGGACUGCUAGACAUUAUACCUUGAACAUUUAGAUAGUGUAGUCCUUUACUUUGAUACCUUGUUACAUAGUUUCUUCUCUAUGAGGAUGUGCCUGCAUCUCUGCGUGCGUGUGUGUGUACAUAUGCAUAUAGGGAACACAGAGCUUGCUAUCUGACUUUGAUUAUUGUAGUCCGUUCUGCUUUUACCCCUAUCCCUCCUAGCCAGCCUCUAUAAGCUCACUCCAACCUCUCCCACCCCCAUUAUCUGUAGAGUCUUUUAGGCUCUUUUUAAGGGUUUUAUUAUCCAUGUUAUCUUCAUGUUUCUCUAAUUUUUAUUUGCUUAUGAUUAUAACUUAUAAUAAAAUUGUAUACUUAUUCUUAUUUUGGUUUUUCAAGGGACCUUUUGUGUCCUUUGGACCUUUGAGCCCAUUGGACAUGUAUGUGUUUGUUUGCAGGAAUAAAAGAAUGACUCCUCUUUUAUUCAGGAAACGUUAGGAAAAUAAAACAUGAUUUUUCUGUUUUUGGUUGGGUCACUAGAUUUUAGGUAAUGACUGAGCAGUGAGUAUAUCUUUCUCAGAUCUUUAAUGCUCUGCCACAUGCACACUUGAAUUUUAACUGAACUAGUGUUCAGUUUUGGACACCUUACCUAAAGUUUAAGGAAGUUUAAAGGAAAUUUAUAGAAAACAUAAGGAAAUAGCCAAUCAAUCUGACACAGUAAAUAGUAAUACAAUGAAAAACUAAAAGCUGUUUAUUUGGGAAAUGGGUAGACUAGAUAGGAAAGUCGGCUUUUAUCUGCAGUUAAAAUAUUUUCCAAACAAUUCUGAGUCUAUAAGUCCUUGGGUGUGAACUGAUAAUGCCAAGACUUUGCACAGUAAGACACAUAGGGAUCUAACUGAUACUAACUUUAAAACUACUAAUUUAAUGCUGCAAAGCAUCAAGUGGGUAACACUUCCAGAAAAAAAAGUAAUAAAAAUCAGCUUUUUACAUUGGGGGUAUAUCUAAAAACAGAUUCUAAUCGCUGCAGAUCUCUUGUCUGUAGCUUUUGGGAACUCUCCCCUUCUAAGCUUGCACAGACAUUAUGUGACUGUCCAAUUACAGACUUCCCAAUGAGAAGGCUUUGGAAGGCAGGUGCUCUGGACUAUUGCUGCCUAUUGAGUUUAGCUCAACCAGCUAACCAAACCAGGAAGUAACAGAUUAUUUUUUUUAUUAUUUACUGACAGUCGGGGGUUGGGGGGUAUUGUAACAAAAUUGGCAAUUUUGUAAAAUGAAAAAAAAAAAAAAAGAGGAUAUGCUUCAGACAUAAGCAAGAAUCUCAUUAUCAGCAGGGUGUUAGUUUCAUUCAGCAACUCAGCACUAAACACAAAGUGAGCAACUUGGAUUAAGCAGCUGUUUAAGAAUGGAUUGACUAAAAGACGGAGUUCAGGAAAAUUACAGCCUAUUCAAUAAAAUUGAUUAGUUAUUAAAGCAAGUUACUAUGAAUUGAUGACAGACAAGAGAACCUAGAAGGACAUUCUUGGCUACAUGGUGAAAUUGUACUGGGUGCGCCGCAAUCAACAUGUUGACACAGACGUGAUCUUCAUCCAUAACAAACUACCCUUUUCAAUGCAGCCUAUUCCUCAGUUCAAUCACAAAUCUUCUUGCAAUGGCAGUGACAUUUAUACUGGAAGCCUCACCCUCCUACAGUUCACUGAUGCUUAUUAAAUCUAAUCCAACAUGCCCAAAAGGAUGACUUCCAGUCAAUUUGUUUAAUUUAAUGAAAGCACUAAUGAAUUUUUCAUCACACACUCAUUCUGAGUGACAAAGCUGAACAGCCUGGCACUUCACUGUGUGACGUGUUACUGGCCCAGGAAUGGAACUAAGGACUUUACAGUCUAUAUUUGGCUACUAAAACCCUGACCCCAUCCCCCCGAAUCACUAGCAGGUGCCUCUUGCUGAAUCACUCCAGCCCUCUCUAUUUCCCAUGCUUUAUGACACACAACAUAUUAGCAUAUAUAAUUCAACUACAUUAACAGAAUAUCACAUUCUAAUUUGCAACACUAAUAUAAGGAGACAAAAUGUAUCGUGUUUUUAUAAUAUAUAUACACAAACAAAGCAAGCCAAGUACAAUUUGAUACAUUUUCCUUUUUUUUGCCUUUGUUUGAUUUUUGUCACCUUGCAAGUAAUGCAUUUUUAGGUCCAAUAAUUGCUCAUAUUACUUAUUAUACAUACACACGUUCGUGUUUGUGUAUAUGUGUGUGUAUGUAUAUAUAUAUUUAAACAUAUAUAAUCCAAAAAAUGGGUUGCAUUCAUAGGGUUUCAAAUAAGUGAAAUUGGUUUAAUUCAACACAUCAAUUUACAGCAUCCUGACCAAUGUUUCGACCCCAGGAUUUAGAGAUUACCCAGUUGUGUCUAGGGUGUUUUUAGACGGAAAAGAAAACCCCUUGACACAUCCCUAAUUCCCAAAUCCUGGACUGGUAGGCAUGCCUUGAGGACUGGUUUGGAAACCACUGCCUUAGUGUCUUUCUUGUGAUCUUGAGAAAGACCGUAAUGGGUCAAAACGUCGAUCAGGACGCUGUACUUUGUAGUGUUAAAUUAAACCAAUUUCACUUAUUUGAAACCUUUUAAGGGCACCCCAUUUUUUGGAUGAUUUGUACAACGUGAGUCUUGUCAUGUAACACAAUAUAUUGUGUAUUAUCGUGUUUGAAAUUAAUUUUGCUCUUUAUACACUGAAAGGCAAAGUUUGAGCUGUAAUUAAACUAUAAUUUUUAUUAGGAGAAAAAGAAUAGUGAUGACUCUGAUUCAGAGGUCACAAUACCUGACCAAUGAAUUAGUGCCAAAAAGCCCUAAGAUUACUCUCCCUAUUUGGGGAAUAACCCACGAAGUUAGUAUAAAAAAGAGAGAAAGAAAGGGGACUAAAAUAAGUCAUCAGUGGGAGAGUAAUAGUUGAGGGGAAGGGGUCCCUACCUUUAAUAAUCCUAAAGGAAAACACUAAAUUAAAAAUAGGACAGAUGGGAGAAAGGAGUUUAAAUGGUAAACCAUCUAGAGACAGUUACAGAAAACAGGUGUCUGCUAUAAGAAAGAGAGACUGCCUGGCAAAUUCUAACCUAAAGGUUGAGCAUCAUGCGUCCUAAGUCUCAUGGGUAACCAAUCCAGGUGUAUAGAAAUAGCUAGAACACUGAGUCUGUAUAUAGAGGUGGAAAAAACCCUCUAUAGGAGAAGUUAAACUACCCCAGAUUUCCCCAAAACAGACUCCUAUCAGUAGGAAGCUUUCUCUAGUUACCUCGGCACUGUGUUGCCACAAGUGCCUACCCGGAUACCUAAUCCCUAUAAGUCCUAAAAAUUACAAAGAUUUAAACAACUAAAUCCAUAAGUGCUACCAAAAAGAGGUGAACAAAAAGAAAAUAAUUAAAUAAAGUAAGCUCGACGCGCGUUUCGGCGUUUCAGCACGCCGUCGUCAGGAGCAAUAAAGGUGCUUUUUUAUAAUUAUUAUUACCAUUUUAAAAAAGAUGCACAUUUAAAUAUACUAUUUUUUGUUUUAGGUAACCACGAAGAGCAACAAAAAGAGGGAGGGAUAGUCUCCAAGAAUUUCACCAAGAAAAUACAGUAAGUAAUGUUUUAUGAUUAUCGCUAUUCCAACCAGAUGCUGUACUAAAACCUUCUCGGGAGUAUUCACUAAUGGAUUCGGCUGAAAUAGCUAAGUGUAAAGUAUAGCUGGCUUGGAAAUUUCUUUUUUUUUCCUUUAUAAUUCUUUAUUUUCAAGAUGCGUUGAGUUAACACAGUUAGCAUGAGUGGUAGGCAUAUUAGUAGUAGUAGUAGUAGUAGUAUUGCCAUUUAUAUAGUGACAACAGAUUCCGUAGCACUUUACAAUAUUAUGAGAGGGAGAUUAAACUAUAAAUAGGACAAUUACAAGAAAAUUUACAGUAACGAAAGGUUGUAGAGGACCCUGCUCAAACAAGUUUACAGUCUAUAGAAGGUGGGGUAUAAGACAUGUUAGGACAGGAAAUAUCAAAUAGGGUGGGAGUGAAGCAGAGCUGGAGGAGAGAGUACAGCACUGCCCUAUAGGAGAGAGCAAGAGACAGGUAUGUAAGGUAGAGGUUACUCUGGGAGGCUAUAAGCUUUCCUAAAGAGAUGGAUUUUAAGACACUUCUUAAAGGAUUGAAGACUAGGGGAGAGUCUGAUGGGGGUAGGCAGGCUAUUCCAUAGGAAAGGAGCCGCCCGCGAGAAGUCCUGCAAGCGCGAGUUGGCCGUACGGGUGCGAGCAGCGGUCAGGAUGUGGUCACGGGCAGAGCGGAGGGAACGAGGAGGGGCAUACCUUUGGAUCUGUGAAGAGAUAUAAGAGAGACUAGAAUUGGUCAGUGCUUUAAAUGUAUGGGUUAGCACUUGAAUUGACUCCUAUAGAAUACAGGGAGAGGGGUGAGGUGUGAGAGGACCGACUAGAGAGGAAAAUAAGUUUGGCGGCGGCAUUCAUUACAGACUGUAGCGGGGCAAUACUGCUUUUGGGAAGACCAAUCAGGAUAGGGUUACAGUAAUCCAUGCAGGAAAUUACUAGAGCAUGGACAAGCCCCUUGGUAGCAUCUUGCGUUAGAAAGGGGCGGAUACGGGCUAUGUUUUUAAGUUGGUAUCUAUAGGAUUUUGCAACAAACUGGAUUUGAGGUUCAAAGAUGAGGCCAGAGUCAAGUUUGAUGCCAACACAGCGUGCUUGCAAUCAUAGGCUUAUGUGGAUAUCACUGACUUGAAGGGAGAGCGAGAGCGGAGGAUCAGUAUUAGGAGGAGGAAAGACAAGGAGUUCAGUUUUAGAGAGAUUGUGUUUCAGAAAGCGCAAGGACAUCCAGUCAGAGAUGGAAGAAAGGCAAGCAGUGACACGUUGCAAGAUGGCAGGGGAGAGGUCCAGGGAGGAGAGGUAUAUCUGAGUGUCGUCAGCAUACAGGUGGUAGUCGAAUCCAAAAGAGGCAAUAAGUUUACCAAGAGAGGCAGUAUAAAGAGAAAAUAGACAAAAGGGGACAAAGGACAGAGCCUUGGGGAACCCCAACUGAGACAGGAUGAGGGUAGGAGGUAUCCUUGGAAAAGGAGAAACUGAAUGAGCGUUGGGAGAGAAAAGAGGAAAACCACGAGAGGACAGAGUCAGAGACCAAGCGAUGUCAAAGGCAUAUGAGUUACUUAUACACAAAGAGUAAAAUUACAAAAUGAAAGCAUAUUUUGCACUGGUGAGUAAAAGCAUCAAUUUUUAUUUUAUUUUUGAUCCAAGCAAUUUACAUUUGUUUAACCCCUUAAGGACCAAACUUCUGGAAUAAAAGGGAUUCAUGACAUGUCACACAUGUCAUGUGUCCAUAAGGGAUUAAGGACAACUCGAAGGAUUUAGCUCAUGUAUGAGCCUGAAUAGGGUUGUCUAGCUUGUCCCGGUCCCUAAGUGUUAUACCUAUGACUUCCUUAGGGUAACUCAGGCAUAUAUGUGUAGUUGCAGCCAAAUGGUACAGUGUCAGAUGUGAGAUAUCAUGCUUGUAUCAGGCUAAGGAGGUGAAUGCAUAUAGUGCGAGAUAUGAGCUUGCUUAAAAUGGGUAUUCACUAGAUUAGGGGAUAUACAUCCACGCUGGGAAGCCCUGACCAAAGGCUUGGACAUCUGUAUUUUACCAAUUUGGCUGAUUUGGACAAAUUCACUUUGAGUUCUAGAUAAUUGUGACUUUAGUAAAUAACUUUGCAUUAUGUUUGUUCAUUAAAUUAGGAGUCAACGUGGAUUAAAAAGGAAAUUACUAAUCCCACCACAAUAUUCAGUCUUGCCUCUCAGCUAUUUACCCCCUUCAGUUAUCCUGUCCUACAAAAAUCAACUGUCUUGUCAACCUUCAUAUUUCCCAGUUUAGUGAAUAAUGACUGGUGAAGUCUGAUUGAAGUUUUCUUGAAAUUUGACAACACAAGUAAAGGCUCAUGACCUCAUACACAAUGUGCUAAUUAAAAUAUUGCAGCUACAUUUUUAUCAAGGUUAGGAAUGUGCCAUUAAAACUGUCUCUACAUUGAGAAUCCUGGCUUUCAUCAAUCAUCUAUCGUGUCACCUAUAUUGGGCCAUCUGCCAGAUGUUGCAAAAUUGUCAUUAUUUCUUGACCCAAACACAACAGCGACGUGCUGGAGAGCAGAUUAGAGAGGUAUUUGAGAAAGAAUUAACAGCAAGCUGUUUGAUUGCUACAUAUUAUUACUCAUGAAUGCCAGGGGGAAGGCCCUCUAAUUUACUUGUAACUAUGUCACACCUUAAACCACAAACAUGUCAUUCACUCUUGGGCUAGUGAUACUGUGAUUUUGUUUAGCUUUUCACAAAACUGCUGAAUUUCAGUCCACAGAUUAAAUUAAUCCAUACUCUUUUAAAAUGAAAAGUUACUGCACAUAAAAAAAGCCCAGCCAGGAGGCAAAUGCUGUUUGACGUGAAUCUGUCAUAAGACCCUACCUUUAAAGGGUCAUUCUAAGCACUAAAACGAGUACAGAGCAUUGUAGUGAUUAUGGUGUUCGCAUGCAUUUAGCUGAUACGAGUCAAAACAUUUUUGAAUGGUUUGCCAGUUACCCGGGUCCCCUGGGUGCCCUUGGCCUGGCUUCUCUUAUUAGAUAUCACUAAAGCAACAGCUCCCCUUCUCCAUUAGACAUAAAUUUUGGCCAUGUUGCGAUAGAAUACAUUGCCUGAGGAAAGUUACCUGACACUCUCAAGCAAUGAGGGGGUUGCAAACAUAGAACUUACCAUUAAUGAAUAAUGUAGGAGUAGGGAUGGUGCAGGAGUCUCAGACACCAUUGGUCCCUUUAAACUCUAAAAUCUCCUUAUACAUUGAAUCAUAUCAUUAUCAUAGUCAUACUCACCUUCUCUCCAGCAGUGUCAAUGGAUAUUAUAGCACCCAACUUGCACCCCCCUCCUACAUCCCAGCAUCUUACAGUGCUAUUGGCACUGCAGGGCUACACUUUGCUAAUGACACCAAUAGCUGGCUUAAUUUCUAGCCCAUGGGGGUCAGAAAAGGAUACGUCUGUCGUUAUUUACCCAGCAAGCACAAUGCACUCUAAUUCUUGUGCCAAAGAUCAGAAGAACCAAGUGUAGUAUGCAUCUCUUGAUCUCUUUAGUCACUCAAUCCUUGGCACAGAGGUAUAUGCUGUAAAACUAAUAGAUAGGUGAGGGGUUGCCAAUAUAUUAUUACAAAAACUAUUUGCUCGUGUGUGUAAAAAAAAGUAUGCUUCCGAUUCAGCUACUUGGCCUUAAGUUUAAAUUUACUACAAGUUAACUUUGAAUUCCCAACAAUUCUCUCUUUAGCGAAUAACUCUUUAUGUUGAGAGGAUACAACAGUGUAAACGGUUGAAAUCCCGUUUUUUUUAACCCACCUUCCCUCCCGACUCCACUACAUCUAAUUGUCCCCCAAGUCACUCCCAAAUGCCCCUAAGUCCCCCAUCUUAUCUAUUUUUGCAUCUUUAUGUCUGGACCUAGGUCCUGUGCGCCACCAUCUUUGUGUGGGUAGAUGAAGUUCCUGUGGGACACGUCAUCUGCCCACACUAGAUAGAAAUUUCCCGGCUGGCCGCUGCACCUGGGGCCGGUCUGACAGCCCUAAUCAUUGGGCUGACAGCUCCUGUGAUCCCGGCCGGCCAUGUGUGAGCUGUGCAGCCGCACAGAGCCCCAUGGGAGCAGGGGGAGACAAGCGGCCGGCACAGCUCACACAUGGCCGGCCGGGAUCAUUAAAAAAAAAAUUGCGGUGGGGCGGAGCUUAGCGUGUGGCAGGGGUGGGGCUUAGCGUGCGGCGGAGGCAGAGCUUACUGUGCGGCAGGACCCGGCUGACUGCAGCAUGGGAAGCAGGAAGGAGUCCCUGCUUCCCCAACAACAAGCCUCUAGGAGCUCCAAGCAGGAGGUAAGAAGCAGGUCACUGUGUCUGUGUGAGUGUGUGACUGUCUGUGUGACUGUCUGUGUGAGUGCCUGUGAGUGUGUGACUGCCUGUGUGACUGUCUUUGUGAGUGUGUGACUGCCUGUGUGAGUGUGUGACUGCCUGUGUGACUGUCUUUGUGAGUGUGUGACUGCCUGUGUGAGUGAGUGUGUGACUGCCUGUGUGAGUGUGUGACUGACUGUCUGUGUGAGUGUGUGACUGCCUGUGUGAGUGUGUGACUAAAUACCGGUAAACUAAACUAACUAAAUACCGGUAAAUAAAAAAUAACUUACCAUUUGAUGUCUUCUUUUUUCUAAAAUCUUUUUUCAGCCCCCAAAAAGGCCAAAUAAAAAUAUAUAAUACCCGUUGCAACUGUUAAAAUGAGAAGAAAAAAAAAAGCGCAAAAAAAACCCAACAAAAAAACAGACGCCAAAAAAAGUAAUCCAUCUUCCCCCAGCGACGGCACCACACAGACUGGGCUCAGCAGGGCAGGGAAAGGCUUAUAAAGUCUUCCCACACCCUGCAAUUUGACUUAAAGCACUCUGAUUGGUUGAUUCCAAGCCAACCAAUCAGAGAGCUCUUGCAGGUAAAUGAAGAGACUGACAGGUAAGUCUCUACAUUUACCUGUCACAGCACUCUGAUUGGUUGGCUUGAAAUGUGUCAUUUUACAUAGCGUGGGAAAGUUCUUUGGAAUUCAAUUCAAAUUGAAAGCAACCAAUCACUGCGUUAUGAGUCAAAUUACACAGCAUGGGAAAAUAGACAUGCCCCUACUCGCUGUAUAGCGAGUAGGGGCAUAAUUUCCUAAUACUAAGUAAUCUUAACUUAGUAUUAGUAAAUUUGGCUGAAAGACCAAUUUAGGUCUUUCAGCCUUUUGGUAGAUAGCUCCCUAAUACCGUGGGAAUUAGGGAGUUAUCUACUAAACGGCUGCAAGAUGCAGCUGUGGCACGAAUCGGAUCGGAAUUUAAUUCAUUCAAAUGAAAUUCCGAUCUGAACAAAGUCCCGAAUUGUGUCCUAACACGAAUGGAGAAACUGUUCUCAUUCUGUUAGGACAAAAUUCGGUAGUUUCGUCAGCGUUCAGUCUAAAUGACAGGAUGUUCAGGAAAAGUGAAAGGAGGCAUUGCGAGAUCACAAAGGAUAGCUAAGGAUUGUGGGAAAAUUUCUCUGACCACAGGAAAUGGAGCACACUCUGCUCCUCUGCUGGUCAUAGAUGGUCAAGCUUAGGAAACCUCCAUAAGACAAAUAGUCCCUACUUUGUGUUAUGUUUUAAAGCAAACUAGAGCAGAAAGGAAGAAAUGAAGAACAGAUCCUGACAGAGGGAGAGAAGAGGAAUCGAUUGUGGAAAGGUAUGUUUGGCAUGACAGCUCCGCUUUAAGUCCCAGUGACAGAAGCAGCAAAUUAAAACUGCUGAGGAAGCAAAACUUGCUGCAUUAUUUAUUAUAACUGUGAUUUAUAGAAUUCGAAAAGUAAAUUCAAAGUAGGUGUCAAAUACUAGGACUAAAUAGCAAGCUAAAAAUGAAGCAGACUUCUGGAAUUCUGUCAAUUCACUUGAAAAUCAAUUUUAAUUACCAACAAUUCACACAUUAUUGAACAACCAUGUGAGAAAUGCUCACACCUUGGCUAUUUUAGCCUGAAUUUUCCACUUUGGUUUUAAUUGACUGCAAUUUGGUGUUUAGUGAAUACAUCAUCUUGUAUUUAUCAGGAUAAUCUCACAGAUCCCACUGGAACAACCGCCAUUCAUUUUCAAAACAAAACCUCCAAUCCCAGAACGAGCUUCUUACAGUCACUUAAAGAAACAUUCACUUCAUCUCACUGAAGUUGUAAUGGAGCUUGAAGUCCUUUGGCAUCAUUGCACCGUUCAGUGUUCACAUUAGCCAGACCACUGCGAUGGACUGCAGUAACAGGCUGAAAGCAUCAGCACAGCACGCUGUCCCAGUUAUUUACUAAAGUGAGAAUUGUUUGGAAUCAUUGUUGACAUAGAUACUUUUUCCUGUUCAGCUACUUUGACCUUAAAAUUGAAAUUCCAUUUGAAUUCACUCUAAAUUACCUGCAAUUUACAUUUUAGUGAAUAAACCUACUAGUGUAUCACUGCUGCCCAUUACUGAUGUGAGACUCUGAGUCUGAGUGUAUAAUUCGAUUGUAAUCACCUCACAGCUAAACAAUCUAGCAGGGAGAGAAGCCACAGGGGCAAAGGGUCCACACUCAGUGGAAAAAAUACAUGAAGUAGUUAUGGUUCCUAGAUUGUCUCUUUAACCCCUUAAGGACCAAACUUCUGGAAUAAAAGGGAAUCAUGACAUGCCACAUAUGUCAUGUGUCCUUAAGGGGUUAAAGUACUGUGUGAAAAGUACCACAGAAUGACAAUGUGGCAACUGUGUAAGAAACGUUGCAAAUAAAAAUUUGGUUAUCUUUCUGUACAACUUUAUAUAUGUGUGUACACAAAACCGGUGUUGUGCAGAUAGAGAGAGUGUUGUCCUCACACCUCCAGCCUCCAAUAUGCUAGGUUUGUGUGUGCAGACAAAGUUAAGUUUUAGAAUAGAGAAGUCCUUAUAUGGUUGUAGAAUUGUGGCACUGGUUACUGAGAAGAUCUGGCUGUUUGCCAGGAGACCUGUCUGUUCUCACAUCCUUCUGCACAAGAGAUUUUAAGACAAUGUACCCAGAUCCCAGUACAAAUAGUGACGAAUAAACACAUAGUUACAUUGAUAUAUGAAACAUUUUGUCUCAUUAUUUAAACACAAAGUUGCUUUGUAGAACUUGGACUGGAUCCCACAACCAUGCUGGGUGUUGCAUAACUGAAUUUGAAUGACUUUAUCUAUUUUCUACCAGUUGCCACCUACUAUGACACAGUUGCUUUCAUUUACUUUGCAUUACAUUUACAAUAACACAGUCAUAUUUAAAUAAAGUAUGGAAGGGAUAGAAGUGGAGUAUUUAUAUACAUCCACACAUAUAUACCAGUAAUGUUUAAUUAAAGUAUGGAAGGGAUAGAAGUGGAGUAUUUAUAUACAUUCACAUAUAUACCAGUAAUGUUUAAUUAAAGUAUGGAAGGGGUAGAGAACUACACCCACACAUAUAUACCAGUUAUAAACGCAAAGAAUUUCCAGCACACAUGGGUUUAUUAAAGGCUAUUUUGGAUUGUACCACCUUAGCUUAAAUAAGGAUUACUUGAAAAUUAUGCAAUGAAAAUAGAAUCUAGUUGUAUCUUUCUAUAAUUAGCUAAGGCCAGGGUCAUUGUUACGAUCCUGAGAGAUUCCACUGAGGAAGAAUUUAAUAUGCAGCCAUGUUCGAUGCUGAUAUGCGGGCUGUGGUUGGUCACGGUAUGUUCUAGCCAGCUGCCUAGCAGCAAGACUGUCCAAGGUCAUGCGCCUCUUUAAGUGUCAUGCAAGGUCUCGUAAGAUGAAAACAGAACUAGUAUGGUGUCCUUGCAUGUUUGACAUCUCUAAGACAAGUCCGUGUGUGGCACUUGUACCCACUCUGCCAUUUGUGUUGCAUUGUAAAGGGCAACACAUAAUAUAUGACCAGACAGAAUUCUGCUUAUAAAGUUCAUCUGCUGAGAAUGGCCUAUUCUUCCCAGCUCUCUCUGGUCAAUGCUUCAUGAAAGUAAUGCUAAAUAUGUGUUAGUCUCUGUAUUCAGGAUCUACUUUCCAAGCCACUUCACAGGAUAGCCAGGCAAAUUGUGUGUUUUUUUUUAUUCCAGUUUUCAAAGCAUAGAUUAUAAAUAAAGAGAGAGUUACUUUAAGCUGAUCAGUUCUUGAACACUUAAAGUGAAAGAUAGGCAACCAGCCAAAAGAGGAAUAAAUUAUGCAUUGCCAGACUUGAAAAUGGGCAGUAAUUACAUGACUAUUUGCUACCUUGCUGCUUACUUGAGGGUUAUGGCUGCUAGGACACAGUCGAUACCACCACUUAACAAAUUCCGAGUUUUAUGUUCUCAUCCAUAGACUAAACAGCAGCAACAUAUAGUUGCAUUACAUUACUCGUUCUUCAUAAUUGUUUCUGUAUCAUCCACAUUAUCCCUUAAUGGAAAGUCAUGUACUUUAAAAGAUGGACUAUUACUAAUGUUGACUAAUCUGAGUGAUGAAACAUCUUACAAUAUAAGAGUUUUCCUAAAAUUGAUUUUUAAAGCCCUUCUUUUUUAAGAGACUUAAAUGAAACGCAGGGCCUGAGUUUACCCCAUUGCCAAUAUUCCAGUUACAUAUUAUCAAAUAAAGGUAAACAAUGGCAAGAUACAAGACAGAGAUAAUGCACAUACAUCAAUGAGGCUUUCACAUAUUUAUCAAGACAAAAUAUGUGAAUUCUUGUAGAUCACAUAGGUCAACAAGGUGCCCUCACCAAAGAGACCAGGAGAAUUGUUCUUCAUUAUAUCUUGUAACUGCCCUUGAUAUGUGUAUGACCUAUAAACACUUACUGACAGUGUGCUGGGCAGAAAUUAUGUUAAAUACAUGGACAGGAUAAAUUGUAUACAAAUAGUAGGCUUGUGAUUGUUGUUGUGGGUUUUUAUCUGUUUCUGUAAUUCUUGCAACUAGUCACAUGCACAUUGCCAGGGUAAUGCUGAAAGAUGGGAGUUCAAAAGUAUUCCCUGCAUUGUCCUACUUUAAAAUUCCAUCAAAAACUUUAGCCUGAAAUAUCCCACAACCUGUAGGCUUCCCGACAUCAGCAACGUGACAUGCCAGCGGUUUAAUGACAGCAAACUAUAACUGGAAAUAAGAUUACUUUUGCUUUUAAUUUUUCUAAGACAUUUGUUUCUGUUGUGUGUACUCUUGGCGCAGGGUGUUCUGUUUGGAGUUCUGUGAUUUUACCAGUUAGAAUUGAUUUUCCUUUUCCUAUAGCUCAGUCAUCGCAGUCUUGUGAUUGUUUAUUCAUUAGAAAUGAUUUGUGCAGUCAAUAAAAUUCAGCUUUGUGAUUGUCCAGGGAUAAGAAGUAGAAAUAAAUGUUGCUGCAUCCGUGGCAUUUCCUGGAUACAGAUUAUGCCAACUCUUGGGAAUGGCUGCGUGAUACGUAGAUUUAUCGGAAUUCAGUAUCCGUAAGAUGAAUACGUUGAUUUUGAAAUAAUGCUUUCUUUGGUUUUGCAAAAUGACUGCAGUUUUAAGAACUCCUGAGGCAUCUUUACCUUUAUUCGCUAAAUAAUGAAUUGUGAAAGUUAAUUAGUAACUACCGACAGUAAUGAACGAUACGGAAGUAUAUACAGUAAUAAGUGGGAAUAAGUGUGGUAGGACUGAGUGCCACAGACCACCUGAGUGGAAACCCCUUAUACCACUCAAAGAAAUGCAAACAUAUAAUACAUACAAUACAAUUGGUGGAUCACAAUUCUGGAUGCAUCUGUAAAAUACACAAAGCAAUAUAGUGUAAUAUUGUCAGUACAAGUAAUGUGUAAACGUGAGUGGAAGUCAGGUACUCACAAGCCCAGAGCCAAAUCACAACAUGGCUCUCAUGGAUAGCGCUGUGGGACUUCUCUUAAGGAUGUCCCCCUCCUAUUUCCAGAUCACCUUAUGGGUGUUCCGGAUGAGCAGAAGUAAAAGCUAUGCAGGUAAGAUGAUAUCUCUUCAAAGAUAAAACUUUAUUGCUCCAUAAUUUGGAGUUAAAAACUACAUAAAAAUCAUCAAAUGAAAAAAAACAAUAAAAAGAUGCUAGUAAUAACAUAUAACUAUAGGGCUCUAUAAGUCCUGGAAAGAGUCCUGCCAUUUGGAAAAAAUUUCCAAAAUAAUGUCCAAAAUGCGUUUUGCCCCGUACCAGGGGCUUCCUCAGUCGGUUUGAAGUGCUCCUCUGCAGCUCUGCGUCUUCUUAAAUUCCUCAUUGCUUUCACUUCCAGGUUCCGGAUAUCGCAUGCUUGGAAUGCAACGUGCAUUCAAACUCCGACAGCAGUGGAGCGCAUGCUGUCGGAGUUGGAACGCACGUUGCAUUCCAAGCGUGCUAUAGCCGGAACCCGGAAGUAAGUGGAACGCAUGCCAUCGGAGUUGGAACGCACAUUGCCUUCCAAGCGUGCGAUAACCGGAACCCGGAAGUGAAAGCAAUGAGGAAUUUAAGAAAACGCCGAGCCGAGAAGGAGCACUUCAAACCGACUGAGGAAGCCCCUGGUAUGGGGCGAAACGUGUUUCGGACAUUAUUUUUGACUUUUUUGCCAAUUGUCAGGACUCUUUCCAGGACUUACAGAGCCCUGUUGUUUUAUGUUAUUACUAGCAUCUUUUUAUUGUUUAUAAAAUUUCAUUUGAUGAUUUUUAUGUAGUUUUUAACUCCAAAUUGUGGAGCAAUAAAAUUUUAUCUUUGAAGAAAUAUCAUCUUACCUGCAUAGCUUUUACUUCUGCUCACCCGGAAAUAGGAGGGGGACAUCCUUAACCCCUUAAGGACCGAGGACGGUUCAGGACCGUCAUCGGCAUUUUUGCCUUGAGGACCGAUGACGGUCCUGAACCAUCCUAACGGUCAGAGCUACUUACCUGAUCGCCGUCGUUCCCCCGGCGGCGAUCAGCGUGGCUCCGGUUGUGGGGAGACUGCCUGCAGCCCAGACAGUCUCCCCACACUGGAUUAGGACCCCUGUGGCCAUGUGAUCGCUUAACACAGCGAUCACAUGGUCACAAUAGGUAUCCAUGUGUCUGCCUGCAGGGGGACUGCCUGUGCUGACAGGCAGUCUCCCUGCAUGUGUAAAAUCAAAAAAUAAAAUAAAGUUAGUGUUAAUUAAAAAAAUAAUAAUAAUUAUAUAUGUGUAUAUAUGAUAUAUAGACAUAUAUUAUAUUUAUAUAAUAUAUGUCUAUAUAUCAUAUAUAUAAUGCCAUACUAAGUGUAUUUUUAUAUUAAUAUGUACUUAUAUUAAUAUAAAAAUACACUUAUAAUUAAAUUACACACGUAUAUAUAUAAUAUAUAUAAUAACUAUAUAUAUUGUAUAUAUAUAUUAUUAUAAAAUAUAAAUAAUAAGUAAUUUAAAUUAAAUAAAAAAUUUUUAAAAUAAUAAUAAAAAAUUUUUAAAAAAUUAUAUAGCUAUAUGAAAUUUUAUUCUAACUGUAUUUUAAAAUUAAUAUAUAUAUAUUUAUAUCAAAAUACACUUAGAAUAAAUUUGUAUAUAUAUCUAUAUAUAUAAAAAUAAAUAAAAAUAAUAAGAAAUAUACAUACGUCCAUAUACAAAAUUACAUAAAUAAUUAUAUAAAUAUACACGUAGACUUCAAAUAUAUAAAUAUGCAUAUAUAUUUAAAUUCUACGUGCGUAUUUAUGUAAUAUUUUUACAUAAUUCAGUAAUUUUAUUGAUUGCAAUUUGAGGACCUGCCUGCCAACCCAGGCCGAAAUUCCAGAGAAUUUAAUUUGCUAGCACUGUAUUUUACCCUGUAACGUUCUACGACACCCUAAAACCUGUACAUGGGGGGUACUGUUUUACUCGGGAGACUUCGCUGAACACAAAUAUUAGUGAUUCAAAACAGUAAAACAUAUCACAGUGAUGAUAUUGUCAGUGAAAGUUACUUUUUUUGCAUUUUUCACACACAAACAGCACUUUUACUGAUGAUAUAAUUGUUGUGAUACGUUUUCCAGUUUUUAAACACUAAUAUUUGUGUUCAGCGAUGUCUCCCGAGUAAAACAGUACCCCCCAUGUACAGGUUUUAUAGCAUUUUUAAAGUUACAAGGUCAAAUAUAUGGGUCAAAUAUUUUUACAUUGAAAAUGGCCAGGUUGGUUACGUUGCCUUUGAGAGCGUAUGGUAGCCCAGGAAUGAGAAUUACCCCCAUGAUGGCAUACCAUUUGCAAAAGAAGACAACCCAAGGUAUUGCAAAUGGGGUAUGUCCAGUCUUUUUUAGUAACCACUUGGUCACAAACACUGGCCAAAAUUAGCGUUCAAUUUAGUUUUUUUACUUUUUUCACACACAAACAAAUAUGAAUGCUUACUUUGGCCAGUGUUUUCGACUAAGUGGCUACUAAAAAAGACUGGACAUACCCCAUAUUGAAUACCCUGGGUUGUCUACUUUAAAAAAAAUAUGUACAUGUGGGGUGUUAUUCAGAGAUUUAUGACAGAUAAUAGUGUUACAAUGUCACUAUUGAUAAAUUUUAAAAAUGUAUGUUUUGAAACUGCAAUAUCCUACUUGUACCUAUAGCCCUAUAACAUGCAAAAAAAAGCAAAAAAGCACGUAAACACUGGGUAUUUUUAAACUCAGGACAAAAUUUUGAAUCUAUUUAGCAGUUUUUUUCAUUCGCUUUUGUAGAUGAGUAAAAGAUUUUUCAAGUAAAAGUCAAAAAACAUGUAUUUUUUUCAAUUUUUCAUCAGAUUUUUUGUAUUUUUUUUAAAUUAAAAUACAUGAGAUUAUAUAAAUAAUGGUAUGUAAAGAAAGCCCCUUUUGUCCUGAAAAAAACAAUAUAUAAUUUGUAUGGGAACAGUAAAUGAGAAGCGGAAAAUUACAGCCAAACACAAACACCACAAAAGUGUAAAAAUAUGCCUGGUCGCAAAUGUACAACAUCGCAAAAACAGUCCAGUCCUUAAGGGGUUAAGAGAAGUCCCACAGCGCUAUCCAUGAGAGCCAUAUGUUGUGAUUUGGCUCUGGGCUUGUGAGUACCUGACUUCCACUCCCGUUUACACAUUAUUUGUACUGACAAUAUUACACUAUAUUGCUUUGUGUAUUUUACAGAUGCAUCCAGAAGUGUGAUCCAGCUAUUGUAUUGUAUGUAUAACUACCGACAGUGCUGACAUAAUAAAAUAAUGUUGUUCACUUGUUAGCGUACAUUAUUUGGAUCUGUGAAUGUACAUUCUAAAAUAUUGUGUCAGUGUGUCUCACCAGUCAUCAAGUAUUGUUAAAUUCUUAAUUGGAAGGGGCUAUUAGUAUAUUUUUUUGAAAGUCCAACAUAAUCAAAAUGUAUAAUAAAAUGCUUUGACUUAGGGGCUCAGAUUAAAAGCAGUUUUCAUUUGCUGCACCUUGCCAUUUCCUAUCAGUUAUCACAAACAAUGGCUGUUGGGAACAGGGUUUUUCCUGAACAUUGUGCGGUCAAUGUAUAUAAUUCUUUAAAAUUCCUUGUUUAGUGAAUAAAUCCAAGCUGGGCACUUAUGGGAUUUCCAAGAAAAAUGUCAAAACCAAAUCCAAGUUCCAGGAAAUUUAAGAUGGUAUUAAGUUUAAUCAAACUGAUGGAUAACAUUGACGUCAGACACAAAUUUCAACAACUGCGUGGUUGACUCCUCAACGUCUGUGAAAUUAUUCUUGGAGCCAUGGCAAGCAUACAUGACUGAUAACUCAAUUAAAACUUAUUUCUACAGCACUGAAGAAGUUAACAUUGAGUAAUUUCAAUCCAUCUGUUUCAGUUUCUAGUUACAACAGCAAAUAGGACAUCCUUCACAAGAGCAGCCAUAAAAGAGGCAGAUAAAAGUGAUUUGAAUACAUUACAACUUCCUUUACAUAACUAUAGCAUGCAUCUGCUGUGCAGACUGGCAUGCAUAAAUCACAGAGCUGUGAGGACUGAACCUGUUUAAUGUUAAUAUGUGCAGUAUUGAAGGAUGCAUGAUUCUUAUAUUAGACUUUAAAAUGUUUCAAAGAGUUUUCUUCCAAUAUGGAAUAGAAUGCAUCAGUGCACAUUUUUUAAUCAGUAUGCACACACUAUCUGUCAAAUAGAGAACUAAAUACACAGACCUUUGAGAUAUAAGACCAAAAAUUAAAUAAAGGUGGAGGCUGUCAAAUAGCAGUUUCAACAAAUUGAUUAGUUACCAUUUGCCACCAUAUCUUAUCCCGAUUCUUCUCCUGAAGUAAUACCCUUUUUUGAGAUAUAAAAUCCAGAACGUAUUAUAUAGACGAAUAGACCUUACAAAGUGCUAGCCAAUGAAAGCCUAUUCUGCUAGAACUUUUUCUAUAAAUUUUUUCUUCUUUUUACAAACUAAUUUUAUUGUAAAUGGUUAAAUAAUACAAAUGCCAAACAUAGAAAAACAGGUUAGGAUUAGGCAAUAUAAUUAACACGUGGAACAGAAUGAGGAAUAUUGAAGAUAGAGAAAUAGCCUUUGGACCGUAGGUGAGAGGAAAAAUAAAAACGAAUUGGCAGUUAAGGAAAAAUACAAGUAAUGGCUAUAGAGAGAUGGAACAAAAGUUAAGCCCUUAAGGAAAUCGUUUCAGAAAUAAAAGACAAUCAUGACUGAAAAUGGCCGUCAUGUGUCCUUAAGGGGGUUAAGAUAAGAGUGAGAAGAAAGAAAAAAUAAAUAGAUUCAACUUGAAAUAAGGGAAAGGAGGUGAAAAGUCUGGAAAGGGCAGAGCAAUAUUAAUCAUAAGGCGGCAGCCUGGGGCCCAGGGGUUAGACAGGGCUCCAGAAUCAUGAAUUUGCUCGGCCACAAUACGGAUCCCUAUGUGAAAAAUGAAGGUGGGGUACUGGCAACCUGCCUAGGAUCCUGAUCUUAAUCCUUCUCUGGGGAAGCGAACUGGUGAAAGGAACAAUAUGCCAUUUUAACCUUUGUGCAGACAUGGAGCCUUGUUCCUACACACCGAUGUGCACAUUUGUUUAGGGAAAGGACAGAUGCUACUUGUCACAUGGAAGGCAUGUUGUAUCAGUGAGCAUUCAUUUUACAGAGGCGUAAAAAUAUAUGGUGUGCAUAAUGUGCAGGGAGUUAUAAAUAUUUCCUAACAGAGUAAAAUGUACCAGCCGGCUCACUUUGCAUCCUUGCAUAAAAAAUUUAAAAAAAGCCUUUCUGCUAAACAGUGAUUUUCUUUUUUUUUUAAUGACAAAAAGCAAAUGGUGGAAAUCGUAAACUUAGAAAAAGUCUAAAUUUCUGCAUUUUUGUUUUCCAGUUUCAGUUAUUUUUGCUUUAAUGUUAGAAGCCGAUUGUCCACUCACUGCAUCUAUUUCUUUAUGUAACCUUGGAUGGUUCUGGACUCUUAAUUGUUGGAGGAUGGAAUAUACCUGAAAAAAAUGGCAUUGUAUUUUUAUCUCCAUUUGUAUUUGUAGAAAACCUGUACACCAUGAUUUGCAUAAUAGACAUUAGAAUAAAGGGAGUUGUAAUCAUUAUUUUUUGCUAUGAAAAUGCUUUAUUAGGAGAGUGGGAAGAAUUCUGCUUGAUGGAUACUGAAAAGAGAGAGAAUGGCACUUUAUAUCAACUACACAGCAGCAAAAUAGCUUCUGUCGACAUGUUUAUUGGAUUAAUUGUUUCUCUCCUCUAAAUGACCUUGUACUGAUACAGACAAACAGAACGAAGAAGGUACACUUCUUGCUGCCACUAUUCAUAAACCAUGGGAUGCUGCAAAUAUUGUUUACUAAAAAGUUUGCUUUUAUAUACACACACACAUGUAAAUUUAUAUUACAAUACUGAAAUUAAUUAGGCUCAGCACAUAUUUUUUUAUAAUUUCCUGUUGGACCCUAUGGAAAUGUAAAAUAAUUAUGGUAUAUUCAUUCAUAUGAAUGUUCCCUUUUUUCUUACUACCAGGGUUAACCUGGUCUUUUCACUUCAGACUAGUUUUUGCAGAAAAACUGGUAUAGGGUCAAAAAAAUAAACAAAAAUAUAAUAAAGAGGUAGGUCUGCUCCAAAUGAUUAUAUACCACAAUGUAUUGCUUAAAAAUAAAUACUAUGCAUUAUACAGUACUGUAAGUGGUGCUCUAUAAAGCUACACUUUAUUUCUGUAUGUCAAUUCAAGAUGACAUCUUAAAUGUUUCUCAUAGUGGUGUUAUUGAAUAUGGGGAAAAUAAAUUCCCACCAUAGCAACUCAAAGACAAAUUCAUCCAUUUUCAACCAAGUCCAACAGCUCUCUUGACCUGUUUUUGUUUUUCUUUCUAUUAAGAGAUCUUAUUCCUUGCCUCAUCCAUUUCCCAAUGAAUUCUGUCGAAGAAAAGGAGUCAGUAGGCUCAAUGAACUUAAAAGAGAUAUAUGAGCAGUGGUGUAUCCUGGUUUUGUGCUGCCCUAGGCAGGACAAAACUCAGGCACCCCCCCGCACCACCCCCACCCGCCAACCGCCACCCAACCUUCCCCCCUGCUCCGCCUUCUAAAUACACACACACACAUUCACUGACAGAUACGCAUUCACUAGCUAACAGAAACACACACUCACUAACAGACAAACACUCACACACUCACUACUCACAGGACACACACACUCACAGGCAAACACACACACACACUAACAGGCAAACACACACACUAACAGACAUCCACACUAACAGACAUCCACACUAACACUAACAUACACACACUAACAUUAACAUACACACUAACAGACACACACACUAACACUAACAUACACACACACACUAACACACAAACACUAACAGACACACACUAACAGACACACUAACAUACACACAGUAACAGACAUCCACACACACACACUAACAUACACACACACACUAACACUAACAUACACACACUAACAUACAUACACUAACAUACACACUAACAGACAUCCACACACACACACACUAGCAGACAUACACACACUCACUAGUGUUUUUUUUUUUUUUUUUUAUUUAACCCCCCCCAGCCUCCUUACCUUUGGUAAUUGGGGGGGGUUCUUCCUCUCCCUGGGGUCCAGUGGCUGCAGGGCGGGCGGGCGGCCGCCGAGGGAGCUCUUCCCCUGAGCGCUCUGCUCAGCUCCCUCGCGCGCCGCCAGCAGAGUGAGGCUGGGAGCCGGAAUAUGACGUCAUCAACCCGGCUCCCAGCCUCACUCUGCUGGCGGUGCGCGAGGGAGCUGAGCAGAGCGCUCAGGGGAAGAGCUCCCUCGGCGGCCGCCCGCCCAGCGCUGCAGCCACUGCCGCCCAGCACCCAGAAUGUCUGUUAGCCGCGAGGCUAACAAGACAUUUGCCCUGGGCAUUUGGGGGGCGGCGUUUUUUGCCGCCCCCUGAAAAAUGCCGCCCAAGGCAAAUGCCUUGUUUGCCUCGCGGCUAAUACGCCCCUGUAUAUGAGCAAUGUGAUAGACUGAAAAACUCCAGCCAACCACAAUUUUGCAACAAACUAGGAAUAAUUCCUUCUUGAACCCAAAAUAGUAGUCCGAUGUCUCCUUGGAUCAAGCAGCUAGUAAUCCACUAAUUAGAAAUUAUAUCCCUGUAUGUUAUGUCUUUGCAAGUAUUUAUCCAAUUGCAGUUUAAGCAUCUGUAUAGACUUACAAAACCACCUCUUCAGGCAAAGAAUUCCAUAUCCUUUUUACUCUUACUGUAAAAAAAACCUUUCUUUGAUUUAGAGUAAAUCUCAUUUCUUCCAGCCUAAAUCUCAUUUCUUCCAGACGUCGUGUCCUAUGUAUAGCUCUGUUUAUGAAUAGAUUUAAGGAUAAUGGUUUUUACUGGACCCGAAUAUAUUUGUUUAAUGUUACCAUAUCCACUCUGUGGCACCGUUUUUCCAAACUAAAGAGAUUUAAAUUUUUACAUUUUCAGCAAAACCUAAGAUGUAUGCAUUAAAUUCUUAUUUCAACACAAAUGGUUUAUGUUAACCAUUGAAUCAAUUGAUCUAGUACCCAUCAAAUAGUUAAACAAUGAAGUGUGGGAGCACUAGCUAUAAAGGUCAAUGGGCAAAAAAAGUGCUUAACCCUAGAUGUUGUUAUUAUAAAACAAGAAAAGAAUGGAGAGGCUCUGACCAGCUAGUAUUAGGCAGUAAGGAGUUAAAACUUAGCUUAUAAUGGAUUGUAUAUAUAAAAUAUAAUAAAUAAAUGGAGAGACUCCAUAUAAGACAUAGUUGGACAAAAUAGUGAAAAAAAAAAUGAAAACUGUAAUAAAGUAUAUACAAUACUAAUCUAAAUACCUAUAUUCAUGAUCUGCUAAAUGUAGACUUACAGAAAUAAACUGUGAAGUUAGUGUUAAGAACUAAGAGCAAGGUUUAAAGCCAUAGGAUACCAAAUAGGGUCCUAAAAAAGCAUUCCAUAAAGUAAGACAAAUAGAUUGAUCAGAAAGCUUGAGAACCUCCAAACCACAAUCAGACACUGUUUCGAUCAGCUACGUAGCUACUUUUAAUGGUGUAUGGUACACCAUUAUGGCCAUUGUUUGUACAUAAUCCAUAGCUAAUGGAAGCUUUACCCACAUUCCUGGCCCUUACAGCUCGCAGAUCUAAAAAUCUUGUACACAGCCAUUUAGAAACAACAAAGACCAAGUCUAGCUGGCUGACGGAAACAAAAGGCACCUUCAGAUGCGGCCAUUGCAAGGCCUGCAAAUUUAUCACACCCGCCAAGUUUACAAAAUCCAACCAAACAAGCAGGGUUGCAAACACUAAUGCUUCCUUAAUUGCAGUAUGGAGUGUCUCCAUUUAUUUAUUAUCUUUAUCUAUUAUCCAUUAAGAGUUAAGUUUAAAUUCUUUACUGCCUAAUACUAGUUGGUCAGAGACUCUUGCUUUGUAAUUACCCAUCAAAUGGUUUCCACAAAUGUAAUUUCUGUGCCAACAAAGAAUAACUACACUGAUUCUUGAUUAGCCAAAAUGUAUGCACACAUAACACACAAUAAAUUAUAAGAAUUUACUUGGCAAUAUAUAGUCAGUUGUCAGUCUCAUGUUCUGUAUUGCUCAUCUUGACUGGACAUAUAUGACAGUAUGCUAUCUGUCCCUCAACCACCAGGUCCAACCAAGCUUGCAUCAGUGAUGUAUGCAUAAAUAAAAGGAUAGAGGAGAGAAACCAUGUGUAAAUAUAAGCUUAGUCUACCUAAUCUUAUGCUUAAAAAGGGACCAAGUAGGCACUGUAGCCAUUGAAGUGGACUUGGUGCCAACUCCCAAUUAUAAACUGUAAUAAUUACCUUGCAGGAUUAAGUCCUCCUCUAGUGGCUGUCUACCAGACAACCACUAGAGGGACUUCUGGGUUCUUAGACGGUCAACUAAUGCUUUCCUAUGGGCAGAUCCUAAUGCAAGCACAGCCAUUGCUACGCUUGCACAUUAGGUGUCCAUCGGCGGGGGAGGAGCGUGGGCGGAACCUGACCCAGCGCGGAUGAUUCAGGUAAGUGACUGAAGGGGUUUUAAUCCCUUCAGCGACGUGGGAUGGGGGGCGAGAGUGAGGGGGGCACUCCAGGAUUCUACAGUGCCAGGAAAACGGGUUUGUUUUCCUGGCACUAGAGAAUCCCUUUAGCCUCUUUACUUGCAGCAACCAAGGAGAUUCACAAAGGAAUAAAAAAAAAAAAAGCUGGUUUAGAAAAAUAGUCUAAGUCAAAUAUGUUUUCAUCUCAGAUAUUUGAGUCAUACAUUUAGAAGUUCAUGAUAAAUUCUUAAUGACUCAUGUUGUUGCCUUGCAGAACAACCAAAACGAAAUAUAGAACCUAAAAGUUCACUUACUUUCCUCUUCACUCCUGUGUUUUUACCAUGUAGGAACACAUUCUGUCAGAGUCCCUUUCUUCCCAUCUUCAUUUCUGCAGGACUAUAAAUGUGUCUCUCUCCUCCCGGACAUCUCUGAAGGUCAGAUGUCUUGGCUACAUUCUAGCAGCCAGGAAUAUGGAAAGGAAGAGGCAAAACAAUUACACUACAGGAUCUUUUUGCAAGAUGAAAGAGCAGCCUGCGGCGCCCUGUAUAGUAAAAAGACUUGGUGCAGCUGUACUUUUUGUAUGUGAGCACCCUGUCCAUACAUAAGCAUGAUUUUCUUAUUCUGGCAACAUAUUUAGGAAGCAGCAUUACGUGAAAUGGCAUCAGGUUACUUACUUACUAAUACAUAAACCACAGUAUUUGAUCAUUUUCAGUUAUCUGUUUUUCUUAUACCUCCUGUAUAUGCCAAAAUGAUCAUUUUGCUUCUAUUGUAAUAUAAAAUAUUGAAACAUAAAGAUAAGCUAUAUAAUCUCUAAAAUGUUUAAUGCAUAAUAUUUCUGUUAACGGAUUAAUGAAUAAACAAUUAACAAGGUAUAUUUAUAUCAUUUUAAUUGCUCAGGUAUCACUAAAUAGCAGUCGGUACUGAAACUGACUGUUUUAGCUUAUGUGCAUGUGCUUUCAUAUAAACGGAAUUAAAUACAUAAUACAGACGCAAAAAGGACAGAUAACGCAAAGGUAUCUGUUCUAUAAAAUAUAUGGAUAGAUGAGCCAACGGGAGUAUCAUGGGAAUGAUUAGAAAUUAGACAAUUGCCUAUUUACAACCGUUUGUGAUUUAUCCAUUUUAUGUUAUAAUGCACUCCAGUAUUACCAUGAUAUUGCUUGAGCACAUUUAGACAAGGAAUAUUAUAAAAUACACCACAGACAUACCCCACAAAUCCAAGAGAUUGUAUCCAAGAGAUUGUUAAAAUGGUACAAAAGUUCUCUUUACAAUUAUGCAUUUAUUAUAGGUUUAUAACCUUACUGGCAGCAUACUUUUUUGUUGUUUUAAUAAAGCAACAGAAUCUGGCUACAAGAACUGGGGCAAAACAAUUAAAAGUGAAACGUGAAGGAAUAGACAGCAGUGCAGUUGUGUCAUAUGGCCAAUACAAAAUGGAUUUUUCCAAGAUCGACAAAACUUUAAAUUAACCCAUUUAGUGAGAACGCUUUUCCUAGCAGACUACUUUGCAAUGAGCUGGGCACAUGUCUGGCACCAAAAGAGUUGAAUGGGGGUUCACUACUAGUAAUAUGCAAUUUGUUAAAUUCCUGUUCUUUAGAAGCAUUUUAAGUAGGAACAGUGGUGUCACCAUCUGUGCCAUAACCAGCAUCCUCAGCCUGCUCCCUGUGAGUUUAUGUAUGCAACAACUAUAUGCCGUAAACAUUUAUAAUAUGGAUUCAUCAGACAAUUACACAUGUGAGAAACUGGUAGCCUCCGGACAAAGAACAAGAAACGAGUGAUAAAAUGUUUCAAUAAAGUUGCUACAAUGGACACAACAUGAUGAUUCACAUAUUUUCCUGAUUGUUGAAUGGAAAUUUAUAUUUUAAUGCAGAGAAAUAAAUAAAUCCAACAAAGAUGACUAAAAGCAACCAUAUGGAUCAUUGUUUCUCUAGCUGAGACUGCAGGAUGUUUGAGCAAUACCUAAGAAUACACAGUGGGCACUUAUAUUGUGACUGUGAUGAACUUGAUAUUUAAGUGCGACAAGGCCUGUCAACCGUAUUGGUACCAAGGAGUGAUGGAAACCAAUUACCAUUUACCUGACACUGUCUGCCUGCUAUACAGAGCAUUCAGCAAAAUGUAUCCAGUGAAUUCCAUUCCUCACCAGAAAUCUAUACCUCACCCAGUGGCAUUAUGACACUACCGGGGUGUCAAAAAUUCUACAAGGAGACCUGUUUCAUUAAGACUAUUGUCACACAUACCUUCUGGCUGCUAGUGAUAAUUUGUACCAAAAUAACACAUUUUAUAGUUGUUCUGAUACAAUAUGACAGAGGACGUAAAGCCGGGUUCAGUGUAAAAACAAUCUGUACCUUCCUAUAAUUCACACAAUUAAAUUAACUGAAUGGCUGCAGUAUUUCCUCCCUGAUUUACUAAAGCUGUAAAUUAGCCUUUUCCUGACUAGUCUUGGUUAAAAGUGUCACACUCUAAGCAAGUGAUUUCCAAGCCAGUCUUCAACUGACCUACAGUGAUGUUUUUGUUUUGUUUUUUAACAAUCCCUAUUGGAACAAAUCUGGGAAAUGUCAAAAUCCUGUACUAUUGUUGUGCUGUAAAGCUUGAUUAGGAACCACCUCCCUAGACUGUGAUGGCUACAGAUAGUCAUUGAUUUCUGGAUACUUCUGCUUCAAAACAGACACAUUACAAUUGAUCAUUAAAAUGUGUUGUUAAUGCCAUGUGUUGUAUAUGUGAUACAAUAUGUAACACCAGGUAUAGGAACGUGGCAUUCUAUAGCAAUCUAGUAUGUCCUCACUCUUUGGAGAGGUACUACAUUGCACGUGCUGCUUAACUUAUUGAGAGUAAAAAACAAAUGAGCAAAUAUCUCUAUACAUUGAAAUUAAUCAUUUCAAAUAAAUGUUUAUGUACAUUGGAAAUCUCUAUAUAAUUAUGCAACAUUGCAUCAACUUUUUAUUAUUUGUGUUGGUAAAUCACACGCAGUCAUAAAUGUUGAUCUUUGCUUGUUUUAAGACCCAAUUUAAAAAGACAUAAAAGCCUUGACUUGUCCUUUCAUGAGGUCUUUCACAUAAGUCAAAAAUCCUUUCUGCAUGUUAAGUCAUAGCUUGACAUCUUAUGUCUUUUCUUUUUAGGUUGCCAUCUGAAGUUGAUCCCGUGACAGUAUUUGCCUCCCUUUCUCCAGAAGGUCUUCUCAUUAUUGAGGCACCAUUAGUUCCACCCUACAAUCACUAUGGAGAUGACAGCUACACCUACGAGCUUCCACUUGAUCAUCCGGAAGAGAUUUCUUCCUAAGCGAUUCCAAUAGAUAUCCUCCACUGGAGAAUCGCUUUAGGAUUCCAUACAAGGCUACAUUAAGUGUACAUUCAAUCGAUUGAUCUUGUAUAAUUCAUUUCUUACCAAGUCAUAUUUCAUCGAUUCUUUCUAGAGUUCCACUGUAGACUUCAGCUCACGUUAGAAUAAAAUAAAUAAAUCCAGGAACCCUAGUAACGUGCUCUUGAUAGGUUUUAGAAGUGGUGACUGCAGGGUGGCACCAAGUCCCUUACGUACUGUGUGAUGUAUAUUGUCUAAUUUACUGAUCACGAGCUGAAAUGAUCUCUAAAUCACUUUACCCACAAACAGAAAAAAAUACUGCAGUGUUAAACAAACAAAACUGACUGUUUUAGUAACGUUUGAAAAAUAAAACCUUUGUCAUAAUGGAAGUAAUUAUUUGCUGAUAUAGAUACAAUGUGACAUAUAAUUUUACCUUUUGAAGCUAUAGCUACCAGGUGUGCGCCACAAGAAGAAGAUAAAAAAUGAGUUGAGCCCACCCCUGGCACUGAAAGAGUUAAUAUGCCUGCGCCUGACGCAAAAACACGCAAAGCGAAGUGAUGAUGUUUCCUUUCCUGCAUCCUAAGAGUUGAUGCUUCUUCGGCGCUGCUUCACCUUAACCGGACUAAAUGGGGUUUAUUCACUAAGACAGCACAAGGUAAUGAAUUGAAAACUGAAAAAGGUUAAAAUAGCAGAGCCUUGAUUAUAGCUGGGAAUUUUUCAAACACAACUAUGUUGCCAACUCAGGUUUCAUUUCACCAUUUGCUGUUUAUUGAAUACUCCCCAAUACUGUUGAUGUAGUAAAUUGCUAUGCAAUCUUAUUGCCACCGAGUGCAAUUGCAAGAUUAUUUCAGCUUAAUCGUUCCAUUCCUGUCAGUCAAAUUUAGUGCAUAGAGCAGGCUUACCCCAACUCCGGCCCUCCAUAUGUUGCUGAACUAGAACUCCCAUGAUUCUCAGCCUAUUUCAUUCAUAGAGUCAUGGGAGUUGUAGUUCAGCAACAUCUGGAGGUCCGGCGUUUGGGGAAGCCUGGCAUAGAGCAUUGUAAAGCAUCAUUUUAUUUGUAUACACUCCCUCAUAAAUGACUAAUGGUAUUACACACUAGGGUGAACCAAAAAUGACAUUUGCAUAUUUAACACUUAGCGAAUAUAUGAGUUAAUGCAAUGACCAUGGAAAUCAGUGCAAUCAUUCAUCAUCUGGUAUUGUGUAUAUAAUAUAUAAUAAAAUAAUAAUAAUAUAACUUACUGGUGGACUGCAUUUUCAGAAGGAUACCCUGCUAAAAAAAAAGCAGGUCAAUAUGUUACCUUCCAUUUGGCUGUCAUUUGGAGCUAUGUAAAUGUUUUAUUUAGACAUUGGGUUCAUAUUGUAAAUGACUAUCACAGAACAAAUGUAAUGUCUGUGUUGGUCAAUUUUAUAGUUUAACAGAUAGAAAAACGUAUGUUUUACAAAUUGAAGUAUAGUGGCCAUCUCAUAGCUACUAUAAAAAUGUAGUUGCAUUGUUGUUAAAAAAAAAAAAAAUUAAAAAAAAAGAAGAAGAAAAGAGAAUCACUGUAAAAAGGUUAUAGUUUGUACUAGGUGUUCCACCUUGAUAUUUACUGGCUUGUUAGUAGCAAUUUUAUGCUCAUAAAAGCCUGUGUAUCCUCAGAAUGGGAUUAGUGAUCCUUUAUUACCUACGUACGUGGGAAUAUAGGUGGGCCAAUAUCCGUGCGAUAAUCACAUUCAUUUUCCUAAGGGAAAAUAAAACAGAGGUCAAAAUGGGGUUGGUGGCUCGUAGCUAUGGAGUAAAGCAGUUCUAACUUUUGGUAUACCGGUUAUUUAUGAAGGUGUAAAUGGAAUUAAUACUAAUCAUUAUUGCAGAAAUAGGGAUUGGGCCAGGUGAUCUAGCAAUGGGGUAUCACUCCCUGACUGUCCAUGUCAAACGCAACAAAAUUCCAGGUAUGUGAAUGUGUUUUACAAUAACCUCAGAAACUGAAUUCACUGCUAUAUAAGUAUUGAUCUAUCUGGGCGUAUUUAUCAACGUCAAGAUUGUUGUGAAUUCAAAUCAGAACCGCAAAAGUGAUGCUAAAAUAGCCGAUGUGUGACUACAGAGUUGAAGUUUUAAAGAUCAUUUAUUUCAGUCUUCAUGUUGCCAUUGAGAUUUUAACUUGCUUUCAUUUUAAGUUUAAUUUUAUAUGACUAUUCUGGAGCUCUCGUCAAAGGAUGGAUGAAAGAAACCAAUGCAAGUGAGGCAAAAAGGUACCUUAAUAUUCUAACUUAAGAAAUAUGAAAGCAGCAUGAAUAUAUUAAUGUGAUUAAUUAGUUACUAUUUAAUUUCAUGCGUCACUUGCUUAAAAUGUAGGCUUCAUUUUUACAAACAUGGCAAAAAAAACCCGAGCUGCUUCGGAAAAGAUGAUUUGGGUCGGACGAAAAGCCAUACAGUAUGCUACACAGCUUGCGAGUAGCAACUCAUUAAAAUAGGUAGUUUAUGAAACCAGGACAAAGUAUGGGCCGAUUCUACUGCACAUCAGCAAGAAACAAAAGGGGAACAUUCAUUAAAUUUGACAGUGUUGUUUUCAGGCCCUUAAACUUGCUAUUUAAAGUUACAGUAAAACAUAAAUCUAAGUGGUUUAUUCAUUAAAGUUUAUAGAAUUUAAAAAAAGGCAAUUUAGCUAUACAUGAGUAAAAUAAUCAUCAAUGCAACAACAGCCCACCUUUCUUUUAUUUGGAUCUUUUGCAUAAAUGUCAAUUUCUGUCAAUCUCUAUAUGUUAUUCAAGAUCAUAAAAGCUGAUCUUUUCCUGCCUGCACAGUGGGAUAAUAAGAGCGGCAUUGCUAUCUGCCUUAUCUAGUGUGGGGAAUAACCCAAGGUUUGUAUGUAUAUUGGAGAUAACCAAAUGGUGUUUUGUGGUUUGUUUUUUUCAAUUGCUUGUCUUGCAAAGAAUGCAGAAAUAAAAAUAUUUGUAAACAUCUACAA